GGGAGAGUGGGUCUGUUUCUGCUUUCACUGCAACUCCACGGACACAACAGAGGACCGAAAUAUGCUGACCGAGAGCGAGAUACGGAUGUGUUUUCAUUGACAGGAGAACUUUUUGACUUCGCUGAUUCAGAUAAAAACUGUUUUUGUUAGAGAAAAAAAAGAGAGGAAGAGAAAGAAGAGAAAGGAGCAACAAGUCGUGCAGGUGGAGGACAACACGUUGACCAGGGAACCAGACCACAGCUGACCCACCAUCCGAAGUCUAGUUUCACCUGAGCCGAAGCUGAGUGAUAAAAAUGUCCGUGGAGAGUUACUCUGCCCUGGAUGAACCCUCCCUCCGAGCUCUGGUGAGUGUUAAAGAUGCUCUAAAAUACUGAUUAUGUUGAUGUUUGAUGGAGGUCUGUAACCUGCCGAGGGAAAGAUCUUAUAUUUACAGUAAAGUCUCUUUUAAGGGAAGACAUUUUAUUAUACUGGCAGACCAACUAAACACUAAUCCCCUAAUAGGGGAGACUGGGGUAAGUUGAUCCACCCCCUGUUGAUUGGAAAUGGUCAAAGAAAUUGAUCAAUUGACCAAAUAUUUAGGAGAUGGGCAUCAAUUCGUGGAGUCUGUGAGGGUUAGAAGCACAUGGGUGAAGAGGUUAGACAUUUAUUUACAAAAAACUCCAAAAAGAUCAAAUUUGUUUUAUACAUCAGUUGUGGUAUCUAUGAGCUACAACAUAAAAGUCCACCAUUUUAUCUUAGAGGACUAAUAAAGUCAUCAUAGUAGUUCUGGGGUAACUGAGAAAGUAAAGGAGUCUGAUGAGAGGAUCAGAGUUUCAGUUCAGAUUGUUGAAAUGUUUUUACUUUGUCUUUUCAAAAAUACAGAUCUGUGAAUGUUCUGAAUCACUUAAAGACAUUCUCAUGUUAAAAUGACUUUUUACAAAACAGCUUUUUAUCAGUUAUAUGCAAUAAUAAUAAGAAUUAUUGUACCAGUUGAAUAGCGUAUAAUAGAUAAAAAUACACAUGAAUAUGAAGAAGUGACUGUUAUUUAGGGAGAGAGAAGUAGUAGGGAUACGGCUCAACUUACCCCGCUCCUAUGGUCAACUUACCCCAUACACGGGGUAAGUUGACCAUAGGAGACCAUUUUUUUUUGUCCUGCUAUAUUAUCAAGACAGUUAUGUUUACACUCAUUCUGUUGGUUUGCAGGGAUGAACAACAUCCUGAAAUAUAUGCAGAUACACGAGUUAGAGGCAAAAUGGCUCAUCUUACCCCACUCCUCCCUACUACAACAUAGCACUCUAUACGUUGUUGAGCUGUUUUGUUCAGCAUGUCUCUCCUUUUGUAACUCAAAGGCGUCAUAUCAUAUCUGACAGGCUGUCAACACACCAGGUGCCGCUCGUUAUUAUUUAUACUAUUACACUACCCUCCAAUGUAAACCUGAAACAACUUCUCCUUUUCUUUAAUCUGUCUGUAAUCAUUUAUUUUAGUCAUGUUUUAAUCUGUUUUAGGCUUGGGUUAUUGUAAACUAAAUGAUCUGAUACAUCAAGGGUUGGGAGAAAAAAUCGAUUCACAUAAGUGUCACGAGUUUUUGUUUUACAAUUUUUAAAUCAAUUUUUAUGUUUGAAAAUCUUUAUUUUUUCAAAUUUAAGAAUAAAUCUGACUUCCAUGUAAUGUGUAUUUUUGGGGGAAUAUGGUUCCUGUAAAAGUCAGUAGACAAUCAUAAUUAUUCGAGAAAAUCGAUAAUAUUGUAGAAUCGCAAUUUUAAUCGAAUCGGCAUCCAAAAAAUCGUAGAAGAAUUGAAUUGGGAAAAAAGCUUAUCGUCCCAGCCCCAUUAAAUAUGUUAUUUUUCAGUGGAUAUAAAUACUCAGUUAUCAUGAGACGUACCUGUAUUACACAAAAGGGGAUGUUUUAAUCAUAAUAAUAAUUAUUGUACAGGUAGCUGAUUCAUAAUUAUUCAUUACGUCACAAUCAUAACUGAGGUAGACAUUAUGUCACAAACUUGAGCUGUAAAUCGGCAUUGUCUGUAUGAACAUGUAUUAAGACACGGCUUCCUGUUUCGCCGUGAUAUUAGUCAUGUCCAAAUAAUCUCUGGAGGCAGAAUCAGCCCGUCUGACACAAACAUGACACCUGCAACACUGACACUUUUACAAGGAUGCGUGAGUCAGCCCGUCUGCGUUCAGACAGGAUACACACACUUCCUCUGAAUCACAGUAGCAUGUAUAUCAACAGCUGUGCAUGAAACAUCUGUUCACUCCUUCUGUAAUAAUUAAGCGUACAGUAUCUGAUCGUAACUCGACAUGCAGAGUCAUUAUUCCGACAAACGUUUUGAAUUCUGUUUCUCGAGAUAAGGAGAUGAAGAGAAGGCUGUUUACUUUGGAGGGCGGCAUGGCACUAAUGUAGUGUUUUGUUGACCUACCAAGACUCUUUUGACUGUGUAAAUACAGACAGCAAAUUAUUAUUUGUCCAAUAUUUCCCUAAAGCCUCAGGGCUUUCUCAGGGUAAAUCACUGAAAAAACCAAACCAUUUUCAGAAGUGACAUUAUAAAUUAGCAUGGCAGCAUGAAGAUAUUCCACAAAUAUUGUUUUUUCUUCCAGCCUCUUGAGCCACAGUUUUGGUUCUUUUGGUCAUUAUUUAUAUGAGUUUUAUUUAUAGAGGAAUAAAGCAGGAAAGACUGAGUCACAGUGAGGACAGUGGGGAGGAUAUUAAGAACUGUCAACAUGGAUUUCAUAGACAAUCCGAGGUUUUAGCUAAAGCUGUUGUUGUGUUUUCAAAGUUUGAGUUUUUGUCUUAGUUUCUUUAUUAUAACACGAUAUUUGACCUCAGCUCUUUAAGUUUAGUCUGAGUCAUCCUCUGUGUGUCCUGUGACAGCUAGCUGUAAAAAUACCAGUAUUGUUCGAGGAGGCGCUGGCACAGCAAAACAAAACCCGUAUCACGCAGACGCUGGAAUCCAUCCGUGUAUUUAUCAUCGUAUGACACUGACGCUCAACACAUUAGUGAACCCGGUUUGACAUGCAGAGUCUUUUCUCCCCCACUCUGCAUGAAACCACCAGCCUAAAGGUCAAACAGAUCCCACAAUUUCACUGAUGAUGUUGGAGGUGACUCUAGUGUCAUGGUUUUCCACAGUGAAACCAACUCCGAUUGAAGUCCAUGCGAGUCCAGGGACCAGAACGGAGCCUCCUUAUGUUUAGUUUUAAAAAAUCUGACACUCUCUGAUUCUGUGAGUCUUUCUGGGAGACUAUGAUGGAUGUAAGGAGAUGUCUGGCUUAAUUAAACCUCCAGUAAAGCCGGGUGGAGGAGCUCCCAUUAAACAACUCCAGCCCUGUGUUGUACUUAAUGAACCAAACAGUCAGAAGGUCAUAUGGCGGCCUCUCUUAACGCCACUAAUCCCGUCACUCCGCUUCUAUUCAACUGCCCAGACUGCCUUUUAUACUGCUCAUUUAAUCCCCUCCAUGGCAACAAGGGAAAGCAUUUUUUUCCUUUUCCUUACCCCCCUCAACGACUUAGAUAUUCACAAAAAUAAUCAGUUGGUGUCCUACUUUCCUUUGGAGAGGAUGUUUGUUGCUGGUCGUCUGUUUAACAUCUGUGGACACUAAAACACAAAAAGCUGCUGCGCUCAGAAGGACGCUCCUCCAAACAAACAGCUCAGACAACCAUCGCUUAAAAAUAGAUUUUAACAGCUGAUUAAAAGCCGGCAGGGUGAUGAUUAUCAGCGUUAAGUGACCUGAAACUGCCGUGUGGCAAUAGUGCGUCAAACCUGCAGGACGAGCCGGUGUAGUUGCGGCAACAGUACACCUGUCUACUGGAGGAAGUUUUGACUAAAGCAUCUGUCAUCUACACCGAGACCUCCCCUCUAAUUAUCUCUGAACAUCUCCUUACUCUCAUGUAACAUCAAUACCUGCAACGUCUUAUUGCUUUUUACAGCUUGCGGUCUCCUAACGCACCAGUCGACCUCUUUUUAUUUGAUUUGAAAUGACCGCCUUCAAACGUUUCCGUCCGUGGCGCCUGCUAGGCCGCUUUCUGCGUCUCACAUAAUGAUUUGUGACGAGUCUAGUCGGCUCUGUGACUGUCCCCCUCUCCCUGGUGAGCAAAAAAGCAUUCACACAUGUUUAAAAUAGGGCAAUUUCACUCUGUGGUCCAGUCUCAGGGAUCUAUGGGACCCCUGGGCCUUCUUUUUAUGGCUCUCUGGACCUUUUGUGCGUUGACAAGAGCUCAACGGUUACAGUCGGAGAGGAAGAAUGGGGUUUGUUUUGUGUGGUCUGUGUCUGAGUAUGGUCCCAGGUUCUCCUGGACCCCCAGGAGACAUGUCCAAAUGUCAGCCUCAUUAUCAGGAUCCAGUAAAUGGGAAAGGUUAUUCUGCAUGAUAUCACUGUUGUCUCAUUUUUAAAUAUAUGUGAGCAGUGACUUUUUAUGUCGUUAUCUGAGGUCAUAAAUGAAAACUCCUCUUUCUCCAUUACUCAAGUUAAAGUCAAAGUUGCAGCCAUCAUUCAACGUACAGAUACAGAUAGUGAACUCUCUGGGAGAAACCUUAAAUCCCUGCAGUGUGAUGCACCCAGAGAAAGACCAGAGCCUCCUCAAAAAAUCUGUUUUUCUACUUUCUUCAAAGAGACUGCAGAGUUUCACAUAAACAAGCUGCUGCAUGCAACGGAUCUUCUUUGAAUACAGCCCCCUAGCUCUAUGCUAAACACACACACACAGACACAGAGGCGCACGUACGUACACACAUGGAGUCACAGAAAAGCCAACUCUCCUGUCUCCUGACCAUUGAUAACACCUGCUGCUUCAACAGUUGGUCUGCCUUUGACCUUAGUGGACGUUUACAGGCUGUUUUCUGACUGUUUCUCUCCCCUCGGAUCAUAAAAUGUCCUUUCAGCUCUAAGCUACAAACUCAGUGUUCACGUCACAGCUGUCUUUUUUUAGUCUGCUCUCAGGUAUUCGCUCUAUCCUGCGGUGAGGUUUUUGCAGAAACAAACAAGCAGUAAAGAGUUAAUCAUUCAGGAUCAGUUUUUCCUCCUGAAGUGACACAGUAGAAACACUAGAGUUAUCUACAAUUUUGCAUUGACUCAGGCCAACAGUUGAGUUACAGCCGGCUGACUUCUGCUUCUGGCAGUCCAUAUCCAAAUACACAGGCAGGGAGCGAGAGAUAAGCAGUCGUUUGUUUAUUUGAUUAAACAGGAAACUUUUGUUACUGGACGCUACUAUAAAUAGGCUGCCAGUUUUGGCUCUGAAACGAUGAGAAAAGAAAGAAGUGAACUUUGAGAUGAUGUGCAAAUAAACUCCAACAAAGACUAUUUUUGGUCCUUGGCCUUUAGAGUCUGUUGCUCUGCGCAGUAACUCAGAGCAAAUGGAGCAGAUUUGACAUGAGCGUCAGCAAACCUCUUCACUUUUACAGUUUGGAUUGAGAUCACUCUUUAGUAAUGUAGAUACUUGGUGUGAAAUAUGCAGCGGACACUCCAAAAACAUGAGCAGACAUUUAGAUAAGCAUUGCUAACAUGAUAGUGGACAUUAAAAGUGUCGUGUGUGAGGGUGUAAUUAAAAAUUAUGCGGCACUUUAUCACAGAGUAUAAGAAACAAAUGUCAGAGAGGUAAUGGUCUCACACUCUCCUCGCAGUAUGUGAAUUAAUCGUCUGUAUUCAAGAACGUAAAUUAUAUUUAUUGCCGCUCUGUCUUAAUCAAUCAUGUAAGAAAACACAUUACAAAUCCAAACAUCAUCAGCGUGUGUUUGCACAAAGCAACCUUCUGGAGGUUUCUCAUUUACAACUGAAAGUUUCACUUAGAGUCACCAAAAUGAAUUCAGUAAAUGCGUGACAGAUGGGUUUGAAUAGACUGAACAUUUAUCCUGAUGCGUUCGGCUACAACAAAUUAUACACUGUGAAAUCAUAACAGAUGUGUUUUAGUAACUUUGGCGCACUUCUACUUUUCUUGGCUUUUACUCCUCUGCAACUGUCAAAAAAUUAAGAUAGCAUGAUAUCAGCUGCAGGAUGGAGGAGAUGAUGACUUACUGUGGUGCGGUUGACCGGAGUUGCACCAUCAAGUGUCCCUUUAGGUGUCAAAACAAACACAAUAACCUCAGUUUGUCUAAGUAAGCAGGAAGUUGCUGAUGAUCCGGGUUCUCUUGUUUUGAUUGGCAAGUUUCAAGUUGAGGAAACUUUAUUGAUAUUUAUCACUGAAUAUCAUUUACACAACAGUGCUAUUUUUUGAAUGUUACCUGAUAAUAUUAGGAGGCUCAAGUACAGAACUUUGUGGAACUCCAGCGAUAACGGCAUGAAAACAUGGUUACAAAGAUAUUUAUCCACUAACUCCCACAGGUGACGACAGAAUCAGUGGAACAGCUAAGUUAUCUUUUUUAUAAAGGAGGCAAAGAAACAGAUUCACAAAGAAAAAUGGCAGCAACUGCUGUAAAACUGGCCUGAAGUGCACCAAGGACACAAAUAGGGGUGUCCUGGUAUGAUAUUGAUAUCGGAUAUUGGUCCGAUAUCAACAAAAAAAUCAAAUAUUAUAUCAGCCUGCAUCUAAAAUCUCAGAUAUCAGCACUCCGAUACAAGCAGUCCUAAGUACUAAGGUACUAACAAAGUACAGAGGAGUAGGAGUGAUGUUGGCUGUGUGGCAGUAUUUUUCGUUUAAGUCUGAAAAAGAUGUUGCAGCUGAUGAAAACUUAUCAUGCAUGCAGGCUACAAUAUCAGUAUCAUAUCGGAGGUAAAUAAGUUGUAUUGGGACACACUUAGAUACAAACCAGGUCAGCUGACAGACGGACUCUGCUGCCAGAGCUCCUCUUGUCGUUUUGUCUGGUAAUUGAUCCAGCAGAGGAGUCUGUGAGGCUGAUCCCCAUCUGUCCGGAUCAUUACUGUGCCAAAUGGAAAAGGUCUGGAUUAAGGAUUGAAGGUGUGCUAUCUGUCUCCGGUCCACCUUUAAACCACCAGGUGUCUCUGGCUUGUGUGUAGUCCCAGUUUGACUUUUAAUAUUAAAGCUGUUAAAGUUUUGUUGUCAGCUCCUGUUUAGACUUUCUCCAGGUGUUUUGGACUCAGAGGAAACUGAACAGAUGUGAAGAAAAUCUGCUGUAGGACUAGUGAUGUAGAAGUCUCCGUGCCUGAUCGGUAAUGUCCCAGUUUAGGCUGUUAUAUUUGUGCAAAAUCAAAUCAUUCAGUCGUGUAAAAAGAUGACGUUUAGAGAAGAGGGAAUCUUCAGACGAGUUAAAGUGUAGUAUGUUUUUCUGGAGAACAGCAGGUCUGAGCUGGAUGGUACCAGCAGGACUUGUUCAGUCGCCGCAGUCUUUGACUUUACAUUUUAAUGUUAAGGUGUGGCUCUGUGAGUUUGGAAAAAUAGCAUACAGGGAGCAACAUGCAGCUCUCUGCAGGUUUUGAAAUGCUCUGGGUUUUGUGCCAACUUGCAUGAUAAAGUAAAGCAGUUGAAAUAGAAGAUACAUCACAUAAGAGAAACACGGGUCUUUGAAACAGGAAGUAAAAUAGAUGGAAGAGAGAUAAAGACACAUUAAAGCAAAUUGUCAAAACAGUGUUUUUGGCCUUGGCCGUGGUGAUUCCCUCAGGACAGAGCCAUUUCCUGAGAUCCAGUAGUAAUUGUCCAGCGGAUGUUGAUGUUUGACUCUCCAGCCCACUGAUGCUAACAGCUGAUCUGUUCGGGUUUGUUUGGCCUUGUCUUAAUCUCCAUGUGGGCCUUUUAAAGCUCAUGUUGUAGCGGUGGAUAAUUUGUUGGAUUUUGGGAGUCAGCAUGGCUGGCUCUCAUGGAUCUCUUAGUACAAACUGUUUGUGCCCCUGUGGCAUGCCCCUUUCACCCUCUGGCUCUUACCUCAUUAAGCCAAAAGAGACAGUCACGCAGAGCUCCACCGUGACCAGGGAUGCCCCAUAUUUGGAGAAGAUUCAUUAUGCUGUAGCUCCUGUUAUGAUCUGGUUCUGCUCUCAGGGCAAGGCUGAAGUACACGAUCCAAUACAGUUUCUCUUAUCUCAGUUCUAGAUUCAGGACUAGAUCUUUGGCGUGUGAGUGGAAAUAAAAAUAUACAAUGAUAGAAACUCUGGACGGUGUCCUCCUUUGGUUGUUUAUUGUGUUUCUCUGCAGCUUAUGUCAUCUCCAGUGCCUCUACAGCACCAUUUACUGCUCCAGCUUUACAAUUACCCCCAAUUUCCACCGCAUCUGGAACGGCUACGAAAGGGCCGUGUCCACCGAUCGUAGCUGAUCAUAACCAUUCAAGUUAACGUGUCAAUUUCCACCGGCUUCUUUCCAUUCUGCUGCAGAUUGCCAGAUUCCGCAGCUGAUCGCAAGAGUUUUAUUUUCUCCGGACGCCCGAGCAUGCUGGGUAACUUCCGGACAGAUUAACCCGUGCUGGAAAGGAAGUCGGGCACAGACACAAAAUAAAACAUCCAGGUUCUUUUCAAAAUAAAACACUAUGUAUUUCAGGAGGAUUGUAUUUCACACCCUGCAAACUGGCGGCGACGAACAAGUGAAAGGUUUAAAGACUUCAUUUCAUCCCAAUGACACCAUAGAUGAGGAGAUGCUGAUUUUAGAAGUCUAGAAGUAGAUUUCCUCCUCUGGAAGGACACAAUCUACUGUUAAUAUGGUUAGCCUAUGUGGCUAAAGACAACUUGUUACUGCGCGUAAAUCCGCGGGUUCUUGUAAGUUCUUGUGAUUCCUGCGAGAAUCCGCCACGGAAUUCCCUUCAAAAACGGAUCUGGUAGGAAUUGGCGUACCGCGAAAAAUUGCUGUUGUGCCGGAUUGGGUGGAAAUCCCAGGUUAGGGCUGUCCCAAUAAGAUAUUGAUAUCGGAUCGGUCCGAUAUCAGCCAAAAAACAAAUGUUGGAUUUUGUCGGUCUGCAUCCAAUAAAUCCGAUAUCAACACUCCAAUACAAGCAGUCCAUUCUAGACUCCACUUCAGCACCUCUGGGUAGCAUCACCCGGAUCUAGCAUGCAAAGCCCAUGUGAUCACAACAACUGUGUGUAGUGUACUAAGAUACCAACAAAGUACCAAGGAGUAAGAGUGACGUCGGCCAUGUGGAAGUAUUUUUCAUUAAAGUCUGAAAAAGACGUUGCAGCUGAGUGCAAAGCUUGUCAUGCUCAAGUUUGUGCCAAUAUCGGAUCAACAUCGGUAUUGGCCGAUACUAAAGGCUACAAUAUCGGUAUCGUAUCAGAGUUAAAAAAAAUUGUAUUGGGACACCCGUAUCUACAAUGUACCCAAAGAGGCUCAAUGUUCUUUCUCAUGUUGUUGUUGUCUGACAUAAAACCCUCGUCACAAAACCACCUCUCAAAUGUGGGGCAGGGUAGUCCUGUCCAGGCUGUAACUGACCUGGAUCCCUCUUUGUGAACUGACCUGCAGCUCAGGGAUGAAUCUAUUCACUCUAACAUGAUGGAUUGUUUGAAACCAGACAGCCGAAAUGGGCCAGAAUGUCUCAUGGAGGUGGUGGAUCAAGCCUCGGUGAAAUAUGCCUCUCUGCCUGUGAGUAACUAUAGAGUUAGUACGUAUGCAACCAUGCUGCAAAUUCUCAACCCCUUUGAGGUCCUUCACGGAGCUGAAAAGUCCUUAUUUAAGCGAGAUGUGAACAUUUACCAUGUAUGCACAAUCGUGUUUGCACUGGUGAGUCCAGCAGCAUGUGGAGUCCGCCGCACUAAUGUAAGACUUAAUGUGAUGAGCAUAAGCCUGCAACAACGCGUGUGAGCUCAGGUCUGACUGCGGCGCAUUUUCACGGUCCUAUAGGAGAUUGUUGAUGCCGGUACCCCCCCCCACUCGGACCCUCAUGCAUUCCUCAAAGGGCUCGUUCUUUAUGCCUGCUACCUCAAGUGUAAAGAGGACACUGUUUCCCCGGGUGUGCUGUGGGCCUCUGUCCUCCUACCAUCCUCUAAUAAAUAAAAGGUUAAGUCUCCCACAUGUGUAGGCCAGCUGACAACAAGAGCAGACAUCCUCCCUGAGUCGAGUAUUUCAUAGGUACUCCCUCUUUUAUGUCACCCCGGACAAUACGGCUCAGUGUUCGCCGCUGUUACGAUGAGUUGAACUUGGAUCUGGUUUGUCUCUUUGUUAAUUUUUCAGCCGAGAGGUGACUGAAACUCCCUCUUUUAAAAGAACAAGGAGUCCUAUGCCUCUCAGGGCUCUCAUGUAUCCUGAUUAUAUUUCCAUUUUUUCUGUACACCUGUAUGUGUGUGUGUGUACUGUCAUCCUGAGGCAUUUGCGCAAUGAUUUACUCGCUUCCACCUGAUUUAGAUGAGUUUUUCCCUUAAGUGUGGCGAUAAAGAGACAAAAAUAUUUCCGAACUUUCUCACCCUUUUGCUCUUUCUUUGUGUUUAUUUGUGUCUGCCUCAAUGACUGUACGCAGUCCAGUUUCUUUGGUGGCAGCUGGUAAUCCACUUCAGCUUUUCUACCGGGAGUGUCCCGUCUGACCUUAUAAGGACAAACUCACUUGUGGGCUCAACACAAGUGAGUUUAAAGCACUGAUCCGAUCUGCUGCCUGGCUGCUCUCUAACCUUGGCGAGCUCUGGAAAUUAUUACUGUAGUCCUCAUUACAUGCACAAACACACAGAGCCCCCCCUCCUCUAACUCUACACACGUGGGCUCGCGCUCAAACACACACAGUUCUUUAAGAAAGCAUACAUAGGGAUGCUUUGUUUAGGGAGUUAGUGCAGCACAUGGUUCACACAAUAAAAAGUGUAAGUAGAAAAACAGCCGAGUUCAUGCUCACCCACUGAGAGUCAGAAGGUCAGGACUCACCCUGAGGGGUCAGCGUGCUCCCAGACGGGGCAGGGUGGGUGUGUGAUGGAGGAAGAGUAAAGGUAGAUGUCAUCUACACACAAAUCUGACCUAAACUUUGACCUAAACUGAAAAUUUACCAAUACAGAAAUUUACGAAAUUUCUUGCAUCAUAACCACCGUUACGUUAGUUUUUGUUUUGCUGGACUUUUGGUGUCCUUAAACUCAUCAGGCUGACUCAGUCUGACUAAUUUCAUCAGCAUUUCACCAAAUUUCUGCUCUCUAAUGUGGUGUCUUAGAGUCUGUGUACUUCUUCAGUGCUUUAGUUUCUGUGCUGCUACUUAAAUGCAUGUGGGAAUAAGUGAAGGACUCCUAAGCACCUUUUAUAAAGAUUAAAGAACGGCACCUACUGUGUUUUCAGUUUGUUAUUCCGUUUAGGGCUGGGCGAUAAACCGAAAAUUUACCAAUACCGAAGUUUAUGAGAAUAGCCAACGUCAUUUUGCCCAUGUGAACAUGUAUGUAGGUAGGCUAUGGUCUCAUUUCCCUGUAAGACACUGUCCUACAUCGGAGACGUAACAAAGAAAGAAAGACAGGUGAGGAGAUGGAGGACGGUUUGAAAGUUUUAGCGGCUGAAGUAGACGAAGUUAAUGUGGGAGGGGGUGAGCAGCUUGUGGAGUAGAUAUCGUCCAUUUAUCGUUAUCAAGGUGAACUGAUCAAUAUAUAUUAGGUAGACCAUAUUCUGGCUUCCCAAAAAGAGGACACAACUACGCGGGGGUGGAGUCACGGAGUCGCACAAAGUUAAUUUUGAGAGUUUUUCGGGUUGGAUCAAUUGUCUUUUAUGCACUUCUAACCUAUUAAGUCUAUGUGACACAAACUCCAAACUUCCGUACAAAACUGCGGACAUUUAAAGGACUGUAUAAAGUUCCCCAGACAAAGCUGGACAAGGUUGUAGACGAAGUUAAUGUGGGAGGGGGUGAGCAGCUUGUGGAGUAGUUAUUGUCCAUUUAUCGUUAUCAAGGUUUAUUGAUUUGAGGCCAUAUCGCCCAGCCCUACAUUGAUGACAUAGAUAACUGUGGCACACAAGCCUGUUUAGCAUUUAAGAAACACUCCAGCAUAUAUCAGAGAGUCUCUGUGGGUGAACCAGGAAAAAAAUCAAUGUAUCCCAGCAAUUCUGGAUUAUUUUCAAACACUGUGUCCUCUUCACAUUGUGCAGUUUUAACCUUCAACUUUUUUAAAAUGUGUCCCUGGCAAAUAUUAAAAAAAGCCCACACUUCAGAAUUCUAUAAAAUCCUUCAGUUUCAACAUUUGUAACGUCUUCGCAAACUAUAGUUUUAACUCCUCAAUAUAUUGUGAUAAUGAUUUGAGGCCAUAUCGCCCAGCCCUACCACAGACACACAACACACCCGAAGAGACACACAGAUAGUUUGCUUAAAAUAUUGUGAUAGAAUGAUGUUUUGGCAUUGACAUUUAAAUAAGAUGAUAUCCUGCAGCUUCUGAAAGAGCAAAAGAAUCCCGAAGGUUUGAGUAAUAGAAUUUAAAUGUCAAUACUAUAGAUGUUUGACUGGCAGAAAUAGAGAAAAGAUCAGAAUUCACACAGAUCUGAGCUUGUUGGGUAUUUGCUCUCUCUUUGCAGCAGAGUGGUCUGACUCUUUUCACUUUCCACAGAUUUUAAUCCCGCUUUAGUGCUGCGCCCACAGGUAGCCGUCUCAGCGUGUGCGUUAAGCUCAGCUGCAGACUUUAAUAGCAGCUCAGUGUAUUUUUACCACCUGAGUGACCUUGAGUCGUUGCUGUCUUCGACCGCUUCUGUGUCUGUUUCCACGCGCCGCUCGAUAAAUCAAACCGACCUCGUGAACUUUUGGAAACACAGACCUUAAAUUUGUUUCGUUCAUGUGCAGCAGAUGAGCUCACAGGGUGUUCCUGUCCUCAGGAGUGUGUCGCCAGCUGGUUGGGAUUACAGCUAAACCAUGAACUCUCUCUAAUUGGCCGUGAUUGAUUGAGCUGCUUCAGUGGGAUCUAUCGGGAUAGGUUUGUGGUUUUUGACUCCAUAGAAAGCCGGCUCUCUCUGCAGGAAGUGACUCAAAGCAGUCGUCAGUACAGAGCGAGCCUUAACAAGCCUGUUUGUAAUACAUUCAAACAGUUCCUGUAUGUUUUCUCCGUCCCGCAGCGUGAUCCCUGAUGAAUACGGGAAUUAAACUGUUUUUUUAUGAGCAGCUGAAUAUAAAAACACGGAUCCGGAGGCAGCUGGCCUACUUUCUACAGGCUUUUCUCUUCUGUCUUCACCUUUCAGACUCCUCCAUCUGAGUCAGGUGGCUGCUGCUGUCACACCUGUAGGCCUCAGUUAGUACAGGUCCUCCUGACAUCAGCAUGACAACCCCCUCUGCGAUUAAAGGUGCUGACAGCUCAGUGAUGUCUCGGCCACGCCAUCAUUUCUGUAAAACAUAUUUGUGUUUGUUGUGUGAGUUAUUCUGACUCACUCGUCUGUUAACACUGUGUGAGAGCCUUCUGUCUGUCCGUCCAUCUGUCUGUCUGGGUUUAACGGCUGCUCUCUGGGUCACGGCGUUGUUGUUUGGAGACAGAGUGACGGUUGGUAACCACGAGGUCUGGGACACGGUCAGAAAAAUGCCUUUGAGACUGAAUGGUAAAAGGUGCUGUCACUUUUUUUCACGCUGACUGUGGUGGACGCUACACCAGCGUGUGUUUCCGUCCAUGGUGCUUCAACGGUUGGUCUGUUUUCUUUGGCAGGCGCCCAAGUUAAAGGUGUGUUUUAUUUGCUCGAGUUACGCCCACUCAUUAACUUCCUGUGCUGGGAAGUUAUUGGUCAAGGCCAUUUUUUAUUUCCCUUUUUAAAAUACGUAAAAGGAAAAGUCUGUUAGAGCUGCUUUUCUGGUGCCAACCGGAUCAGCCGUUUGAAUUGAAUGUUUACAUGUUGCAACCAAUCCACACGCAGCCAUCUGUGACCUGAUUGGCUGGUUUGAAUCUUUGUUUGAGAGCAGGUUAAAGUCAAAAGGUGCUGAUGUCCACAUGAAGGGUUUGUUUUACCGCGCUUGUAUUCAGAGAGAUUAGCAGAACUGAUUCAGACAGUCCUGCGGCUCGUCACAUGCUCUCUGUUUGGUAGUUGUCCUUCGGCUUCUUUUCCUCUGAUGUGGUUUUGGUUCAUUUUAAACCGGUAUGCUCAGAACGCAGGCCAAACAAUCUGUUUCAAAAUGCAAAGUUGAAUUUAACUGUUUCUGAGAAGAGGCCCCGGGCUCGAGGCUCUUCUGUUAUAUCUCAAUAAUGACUACAAAUAAAUCAGUCAGUGCUACAAACUUGGCAGGGAAACGGCUGUAUAAUCAGAUCGUGACAUGCAUUCAGCAAAAAGCUUGACAGUGUGGUUACAGACAGCAGUGUUUGGUUGAUGUGUGUGUGAGCAGAGACGGUGGACAAUGGUAGAAGUGAGCAUGUGUGUCGUCAUGAUUUCCUUCCUCCACAAUCAGAAAUGUUUUUGUUAGUGUUCCUGGUCAUUGAAUCAUCUCACUGCUGGGUUGGAACUGAACCCAGAUCCUGAUUUGCUCAUUUCACUACCAUCUCUUUUCCUUGUGAGUCAGCAGGAAUGUGAGGAAUGACCCGUACGAGGUCUGGUCCUUUCCCACCCUGCACUCAUCUGCCCAUUUUUAGGCAUACACAAACCCCGUCUCUUCUUUCACUUUUCUCUUUUUCACCAUGUCAUCCUUUCUCCCUGAUAACCGCUUUUCCUUUCUUCCUUUUAUUCUUUACCUCCUUCGUCUCCUUUUCACCGAGCGCUCUCUCUAAGCUCACCCAUUAUUUUUCAGUCAGCUCAGCACUUAAAUUUCCACAAAUUACAGUAUAUAGGAGAGCCCCUCUGAGCUCGUGCAGCGCGGGCUGAAUAUUUUGUAAAACCACAGCGAGACCUCAAAACCGCUGCCCCCCUUCAUCUCUUGUGAGAAACCCCCUCCUCUUCCUCGUCAUCCUCCUCUGGGCCCAGCAGGGGGGGCACAUCAACCCUCUCUCGGCCCAUCAGGGUGCGAGGCUUAGCUUAACAACCUCAUCCUGCGUCUUUUUAGAAGAGAGCAGUUGGCGUGCAAAGGUUUGUGUUUCGACUCUGCAGGUUUUAACCGGUGCAGCGGGGAACCUUUAAGUGUGUGUUUGUGCGUGAAGUGUAUCCAGAAAUCCUGAGCCAGAUGAGCCGCUCAUCUCUGCAUGUGUUGACAGGUUCUUGCUGCCGACCAAAAGAGAGAUCUGUCUCCUAUUUGGCAGGAGAGGGCUCCCCCCUACUCACCCUACCCACCCUCGCUCACGGCUGUCACUGACAUGAAAGCGUCCGCUCUCUGUCUGCCGCCACGUGUUCAAAACACACACAUCCACACACACCUUAUUACUCCUCCUUUGCUUGAAUAAAUAAACCCUUGAACUAAUAGUCACUCAGAGCAGUGAAAUGGCUCACUGAGUGUUGUUAAGUGAGCCUUUUCAACAUCUGAGUCUCUGGGGCCUCCUGCAGCCUGGCUUCUGUUCAGCCAACAUAAAUUACAGCCAGAGAAGAAGACACCUGACUGGUACGUCCACCUUUCUUCUGUCUUACAAGCAUCAGCUGUUAAGCGUGCCUGUUUCUCCUCCUCUGAACUGCACUCAGGUGCUCCCGUCUGUUCACAUUAGUGAAGUCAGCUCACCUGUCAUCACUAAUCCAUAAGCUCUUCAUCUGCCCUGCUGACCCUCUGACUGCCUGCCACACAUUCAGAUCCAAGCCAGGGCUGGUUAGUUUAAUACUGUCUGGACGUCAUUCGCCUGAUGUUACUUCAGGUAUCGGCUCCAGCAGUCCUCUGGGAGUCAAUCAGAGACUGUAUCUACUAUUCUUUUAUAUAUACAGUCUAUGGAUUCAAUUGAAUGCUCACAACAGCCAUGUUACAUGUGCAAAUUUCUUGAUCAGAUUGAAGAUUUGAGGGAUCGGAUAAUCUGAAUCCACUGUUGAAGCAUUCAGACAUGCACAGAGUUUUCUAUCUUCGCUAAAACAACCACAGAAGAAGAAGAGUUGUAUCUUCGCCUGUGCUGUAAACAAACCAACAAACGUGAUAGUGGCUCACUCCAUGCAAUUCAGGAGUUUUCCCUCUGUUAAAUGUUGUCACUAGAUGGCGCCCUUGCGUACUUAUUUUACUGUUCUGUCAAAGGUUGCUCUGUGCGUGCAGAUGUGACGUCAUUACGCUGUUUGUACGCCUUGUUAUGUUACCAGGAGGAGCUGACACGGUACCUGCGUAGGAUCAGCAUAAACCACCCGUCUCGAUCGAAACACGAUUUCUUUCUGAUUGAGCCGAAUUGGAUCAGAAUCUUCACAUUUUUAUUCCAAUCCGGCACUUAUUCCCAGAGCUGGCCCAAGCCUCAAUGGGGCCCUAAGCAAAAUUAGAUUUUGGGGUCCUCUAUUUCUGCAAAUAAUAUUGAUUGUUGAUCAUUUACACACCAUCACAAAUCUCUUUGAUUAACAUACCAUGACAGGCAUACAUACCUUUAUCUUGGCGUUUUCUCUCUUCUUCCUCUUUCUUCAUCUUUCUUUUUUCUGCUCCUAAAAGAUAUGUCCUUUUUUUCGACAUUGUUUUGCCCCACAACUUCCUGCGCUUUGGAUGCUCAGUGCACACCGCACAGCAGUAGGCACAAAACGGUAGCGGGGCUUUGACAUAUCUGCAGUAAGAGUUAUAUACUAAAAUGUUUUUACUUUAUUUUAUUUUGUUUUUCCAAUAGUAUAUAUUUGAUCAUACAGACAGCAUCACUCAUACGUGCAAAAAAUAAAAAUUAUCUUAUUUUUUUUUUUUUGUUUGAUUGCUCUUGGGGUCCCCCUAUUGGUCGCAGGGCCCCUAGCAGGUGCUUAGUUCGUUAUGCCUUGGGCGGCUCUGUUUAUUCCGAUUCUUUGUGCCCAUGUAAACGCAGCUAUGACAGGAACAUGCAUGUCAAGCCUGCUGGUGGUGCUAGAGUAAAUCAGGGAUGAGCUUUUAGGAAUAAUCCUACAAGAAAUUAAAGUUUUACAGAGUUUGAGGAAACAGUUUUCAUGUGGCGAUUACAGCAGCAGCUCGUUUGAGGACUUCUGCUUUUGUAUCAGAGGUCACACUGGCUCAGAGUCUACUCCGUCUUAUAAACAAGUGCAUUAUUGUCCUGGUUUGACAGGGAUAAUUACAGAGACUGCAGAAGAGACUGACAGAAGUUUGAGCCGCAGAUGUACGCUGUGUGCCUUGUACUUCUGCUCCUUCACCGCCCUGUACUUAAACUGAGAACAAACCAGUGACCUUGAGCUGUAGUAAGAGAUUUUAUUAAACUGUGGCCUCUCACCCCAACGUGUUUCUGAGGUUUACUCUGACUGUAUACUUUAAACACGUCUUUAUUUUUAUUUCUCUGUAUUGUAUAUGCAGCUGGAUGGAACCGUUGACCUGGACGAGAGACGCCUCAUCCGUUCAGCCAUCCGGGAUUUACGGAGGAGGGAGAUUGAGGACAUGGAAGCUGCUCUGGCCAGCAAGAGGUUUCGUCCUACGCGCCUCAAACAGCAGGAGGACAAGGAGAACCACCACAGGUAAGACCACACACACACACACACACACACACACGUGCAAACACACACACAGACACCUGUCCUUUAUGGCAACCUGCACCAGAGCGGUUAAAGUGGAGACAGUCACUAAUCCAGAUGCAGCGUUCCUGAACUCUAGAGGGAAAAUAGAGGAGACAUCUGGAAAAGUGGAGUCUGGAAAUGAUGGGUGACAGAAAACUGCAGCAACGGUGAAUGUUAAAGUUUCCAUUGUGUGAGCACAUCCCGCAAUGAUGCCUGUCGCUAUUGAGAGUUUCUCCGUAUGACAUCGAAUUACCCCGCUGUCAGCACUUAUGAGAAGUCACAUUUCUGAGAUCAUAUGUUUGUCUUUCUUCUCCUUUUCGGAGCUGCUUCUGGGUUUUUCCAGUCCAGUGAUCUUUCAGCUCCUGUCUGUCUGUCUGUCAGCUGUGAAAUCUGAAGUGAAUAAAUCAAAUGUUACUUUUUACUUUUGUUCGACAUGAUCAAAUGAAGAAGAAACAGGACAAAAAAACAGAUCUUUGAUGGUUGAAGGUUUUAAAACUCACUGAUAAUGUCGUGAACCUCAGCAGAUCAAAUAUUAAACAUUAUCUCAUAUGAAGCAAACCUACAACCUCGCGCUCUCUUUCUUUUUCACCGUUUGUGUUCAGGCCUAAUGAUUUCCAUCCACUGAAGCUCUCAGACGACUUAGGUUACAAUAACAAAGAAGGUGCCUCACUGAACUUGCUAAAGAAGCAUACCUACUGCAGAAAAUACACCCACGUGCCUCGAAACGCGAGCGCACACACACUCACGGGAACAGUCUGAAAGUUGCAUUAUCCACAGAGUGCCUCUGUGUGGAAUGUGAAAUAUUCCACUCAGAUGUGUGCCACACAUCCUUUAAUACCGACGAGUGGAGAAAAGCAGAGAUAAUGAGAGAGAAGUAUGAGCAAUAGAAACCGACAUAAAAGCCUGCAGUGAAAUGGAGAAAAUGAGGCGAUAAAGACGGAGGAUGAGAGCGGACCUUUAAAGACGCUCUGUGUGUCAAAUCUGUUCCAGCUGACUCUCACUUUCUCUGCUCUAUUUGAUUGUCUUUAAUCUGAUGAAUUUUCUCCCUGCCAAGUUUAUUGUUUUAGGAUAUCCUACACCCUGACUUCUCUCUCUACUCUCUACUCUCUCAGGUCAGAAUCCAGCGAUAACUUGGACGUACUGUCCCGAAAACUGCAGUCGAUUCAGGACAUUGAUGAGCUCACAAAAAUGGUAACUAUCGAAUUUAAAAAUGACACAAUAUUAUGACUGAGUACGCUCAGAUCUGAAGUCUCUGAAACUUUGAAUGUUUGCUCUCAGCUCCGUGCAGCCAGUGAGUACGAAGAGAGGAAGAUGAUCAGAGCAGCCAUCCGACAGAUCAGGGAUGAACCGCAGCAAGGUGAGUCCAGCUUUAUGGUACACUGGGGGAGGCAUGCUGAGUCUGUGUGGAUUAGAUAUAUUGAUUGAUUGAUCGAUUAAAUUUGAUUCUUGAAUAUGCAAACCAAAAAUAUAAAGAUUAAAACAAGAAAGGUAGGCAAACCAUUUAAACAUAAAUCAUAGAAAUACAUAUUUGAAAAGGUGUGAGAAGAAGAAUAACUUAUGGACUCCCACACCUUCCCCUCCACAUCAAGCUUCCCUGCAACUUGUUUAGAUGUGCCUGAUAAUUAUAGAUAAAUAAAGUACAUUCAUGACUUUGUAUUUCAAAACAAAAUCUACAUCCACUUCAUACAGCACACACAUAAAAACAACAAAACAAAAUAAAACAAGAAAGAAAUAAUAACCUCAUAACAUUUAGUGCUACCAAACACAUUCCCUCAUCCCUGUACCUCUUAAAAAUAGUGUCUUUAGUUCUCAUUUUAAACAUUUUAAACUCAAAGUGUGUAAACAUGUUUGAGCAUUACUUUAACUCCAUGGAAAACCUGUUCCAUAGUCUCUACUUGUAUUUUACAGGUUUAGAUUGGAUUACAGAAAAAAUAUUGAAUAGAUGUUUCGGUUUUCACUGUUUUUUGGCAGCUGAAACAAUAAAAAUUAAGACGUAACUGAUGAAACACAACAGAAAACUAGCAUUUCACAUCUAUUAGUCUUUUCAAGUGCUGAGAAGUGGGCGAUUAAGCUAAUCUUAACCCGAUUAAAACCCAAACUUGAAAUAUAAUCUUACACUUCACACACAAAUGCUGCUAAAUAUCCAAAAUUUAAAACUUGUUAAAUAUAUCUGGAGCAAAUUGCACGUCAAAUUCUGAUUUCUUGUUAAGUCUGAAAGGAGCUGAGGUGUAAAACGGUGUAAUAAUCUCGUGUGCAUGCGUAGCUAAUGUCGUUGAGGUUGCAGGUAGUCUGUCAGAUCUAUAAUGCUGGAUCAGAGAGUAGAUUCCUGUCAUUCUUUAGUGCCGUCUGGUCUGUGUGAGGCCCCUGUCACUCUGAAACACUAUGAUACACCCAGACUGGACAACUUCCUCCCUUGAGGACACCUCUAAUCAUGUUAUUUGUUAUCACCUAAGCCUUGUUUGCUCUUCUCAUCCCCUGAAGCCGGACUCUGAGGAGGAAACUGUGUGCCCGUCUUCUUUUUCGCUUUUGCUACAUCUGUUUUUGUGUGUUUUCAGGGUCCUUGGAGUGCGGAAAAACUCCUGUUUGUUGCAAAGAGUCUGAGACGGUGGAGCCCCAGAGCAGCAUUGGUACCGGGGUGAGUAAUAUCACAAUCUGAAGUCCACUAGUCUGGACUCGACAAACCUAAACUCGACUCCUAAGCCUUGUUCACGGUGGCUUUCAUUUGCAAAAAAAAACUGAAGUCAGCACAAACUAAUUAGCGUCUGCUGAGCUUGUUUGCAUGGCAACAGUAACCGCUGAGAUUUCUCUGCUGCCGCAAAGAAGAAUGCAGCAAACAAGAGGCAUUGUGUCUUGAGUCACACACUGUGUCAUGAAUGUAACCACGGAGCGCACACAAAACAUAUGCUUUGUCUGCCACGGAGCCAGGAAUGUGUUUUUGUUUUUUACAUCCAUAUUCAGGUCUGGCUGAGUGUGAGCAGAACGAUAAAAUGUACUUUAAACCUGGUGUUUAAAGAAGGCUGGGACGUCUUCCUGACAGGAGACGAGCUUUACGCCGCCGUAAGCAGCUUCUCACACCUCGAGCCAAAAGACUCACAGAGCCUCAGAGGACCUAAGACAUUUAAUCGAAUUGAUCUAACCUGAUUAGCAUAAAUACUUUGACGCUGUUAACGCAUCAGAAAUACAUCACUCACCUCUCAGAUGCCUCUCUCAUUUAAUCGGCCCUCUAGUGGACGAUAACAUCUGAGUUUCCUGAGCUGAACUAAAUUUUUAUCUCUGUCAGCCAAUCAGAUUGAAUUAUACGGUUGCUGCAGCUAACGUGAUGUGAAAACAUGAGGUUUGACUGUCUGAGGGACUCUGCCAGGGGGGGCAGAUUUAAUCUAAUCUGCUGUGUUUGAUCAGAGGCUUCUGAUGAAUGCUUGCUUUCUAGUGGUUGAAAUCUCUGUCUGUGGAGGAAAAUACUGGUAAAUUUGAAGUGCAUGUGGUCUCUGUUGUUGCGGAUGCUUGAACGUUUGAUUGAUGGGUAUGUAGGGACAGAUAGAGCGCUUUAUCUGCACUUUAAAGGGAUAUUCUGGUGUAAAAUUAAGUUAGGGUCAAACACACCGAAACACCAAGAUAGACACCCAUCGAGAGAUGAAUGUUGGAGACCGCUUGCUUCUCUAGUUUUACUAACUUUAGUAAUGACCGCACAUAGCAAUACAGAGAGCCACGCGCUCAACCAAAACACCACUCUAUAGCCACAAAUAAUGCUCAGAACAGCACCUAACUUCAUCAACAGAACAUAUAGGGUCACAGUCAUAGUACUAGACACCAAACAUCUUUUUAACUUUGACUAAUUUCUUUGGCAAAGAGACUAAACACAACUCACCUACUCUCUUCCAGCAGCCGUUUGUUUAGAGGGAGAUCUUGGGCGAGUCCACUGACUACAGCGGAGUUUCGCAGCUCAAAAAAGAACAUUUAAGAUCAUUUCUUUAUCAUUCCCUUGAAGUAAUAAUCAAUAUAUUAAUCAUUUUGCACUGCAGACACGGUAGUUCUUCUGCCUCAGUGUCUGACUGCAUUUCAAUGAGGAAAUGAUCAUAAAUGUUCUUCCUUGAGCUGCGUCACCCCGCAGCAGUCGAUGGACUCACCCGGAGGUCUUCGUACAAACAAGUGGCUGCUAGAAGAGAGUAGGUGAGUUGUGUUUAGUCUCUUUGCUAAAGAAAUUAGUCAAAGUUAAAAAGAUGUUUGGUGGCUAGUAAUAUGGCAAGGACCCUAUAUGUCCUGUUGAUGAAGUUAGGUGCUGUUCUGAGCAUUAUUUGUGGCUAUAGAGUGGCGUUUUGGUUGAGCGCGUGGCUCUCUGUAUUGCUAUCUGCAGGUUACUAAAGUUGGUAAAACAAGAGAAGCAAACGGUCUCCAACAUUCAUCUCUCUCUGAGGUGUCUAACUCUGUGUUACGUGUGUUUGACCCUAACUUAAUUUUUUGCUGGAAUAUCCCUUUAAAGGAAAAUACAAUUAGCAGCAUAAUAAGGCGUCUGGUGGUUCUGAUUUGUCCUCCUCAGAAUAACCCGUGAGUGUGUGCGUGUGUGAGUUCAUUGUCCUCCUGAAGGAAGUGAUGAUAUCACGUUGUCGUCACAGGAUGCACUCGCAUUCAGACCCUCUUUACGUCACUUCCUGUAAGACAGCUGAGUUGUACAUUGGUGGUGUUUGGAGCUACAGGUGGUGUGAUGGAUGAGCUGAGAUUGGAAGGAGGUCUGGAUGAGAUAGGAGACAGGGGGCAAGGUUCUGAGUGGGGGGGUUGUUCGAACAGACAGAGCGGCAGCCCACCAGCUGUGCCCCAGCAGUGAUGUCUGCGCUGAGUUUGGAUUGUGGCCAAAAACAACAUCAUCCUGCAGCAGCAGCAGGACUCCUUCCACUCACAUCACAGCGGCGGAUCUCUUUGAGCUCUGGGCGAUUGUCCCGUGGCAGAUGCAGGUCUCAGAUAGUCCCCCACAGCAGCCAAAAACACACUUACGCACAAUAUUUGUAUACGGCGAGCGAGUUGAGACUGGUGGUCGAGUGAUGUUACUUUUUCAGUAUCUGAUGCUGAAAAGAAAACAGAUUAGCUGAUGGCUGACAUCACAUUUUUGCUGUUUUUCUUUUCCUGUUGUUGAGCAAGACUAAAAAAAUGAGAAUUCAAAAUUAAGUGAAUAUUUCUUCAUGUAGAUUUUUAGGAAACAAUAUUUAGCCCAGUUAAAUGAAUUAAUUAAACUUAUGCAACUUACGUAAUUUAUGUAAAAAGUUUUUAGAAAGCUUUUCAUCACUGUGGCUACGACGGAGGAUUAAGGCCACAUUGAGAAAAAAAAUCGGAGACUUCGAGAAAAUUACAACUUUGAGAUUAAAGUCAUUAAUUUACGAUAAUAAGUCAUUACUUAUGAGAAUAAACAUAUGAGAAAAAAGUCUUAAUAAAGUAAUAACUUAUGGGAAUAAAGUCGUAAUAAAGAAAUUACUUACAAGAAUAAAGUCGUAGUUAAGUAAUCACUUACGAGUAUAAAGUCAUAAUAAAGUAAUUACUUGGGGGAUUAAGUCGUAAUCAACUACUUCUACUACUAUACUUUUGAUAAUGUGGUGCUGAUGUGCCAAAAGAUUUAGUAUCUCCUUGUUUGAGAAACAUUGAAGUACAUUUUCACGAAAGCCAACAUUUCAACAACUGUCAUCGUAAACAACAGGUUAGAAUAUGAGGAUUUUAUUCUUGUAAGUCAUGAUUUUAUUCUUGUGAGUUAAUGACUUUAAUCUCGAAGUUUUAUUUUGUUUUUUCUUAGUGUGGCCCUAAUACUCUGUCGUACUGUGGCAGGUUAACAUUCGGAGGACGUUAAUAAAGAGUAAAAUGUUUCUUUGUGUGCGCUUUAUUGAAACCAUACUUUAACAAGUUAAAAAACUUAAAUAUAGGCCAAAAAGAAACAGAAUAAAACAGGAGAAAAGGUCUUUUUUUAAUCAUUAAAGGUCAGACACGUGUAAAUGAACAAAGAGGCUUUACUGUAACACAUCGUCUGUUUUCAGAAGAAGUUCUGUUAAUGAGAAAAAGAGGUCAAAACAAAGACAGUGUGUGUCUGAAGUUAAUGUGUCAACCAGGCAACCCUUUAACCUGGAAGAAACGUGUGUGUGUGUGUGUGUGUGUGUGUGUGUGUGUGUGUGUGUGUGUGUGUGUGUGUGUGUGUGUGUGUGUGUGUGUGUGUGUGUGUGUGUGUGUGUGUGUGUGUGUGUGUGUGGUGGGGGUCAGAUCCCUGUUGAGACAGAAUGGGAGGGAGGGGAAGUCAAGGGAGUGGCUUGUGUGUAGUGUGUGUGAGUGUGUUGUUGAUGGUGGUGGCGGCGUGCGUGUUUGUGUGAGUGUGUGUAAUGUGGCUGAGGGAGUAGAGCAGCAGAGUAGCGGACGUCCUGACUCCAAGAGGGUGACUUCUGAGAGAAAGAGAGAGAGAGAAGGAGAAGGAGGGAGUCAGUCUGCUCAGAAGGUAAAUGUCACUCUGAGUGAUUCUCUGCUGCUGUGUGUCACGGCUCCUCUCUCAGUGUCUUUGCUUUGAUUUUUGAAGAAUGGGACGUGUCUGCCUCUCUGACUUCUUCUCAGGUUUGUGACCUUAAUGCUUCAUUUGUCUUCUUUUUAGUGGACAGUUUAACUCUUUGACAGAUGACACUCAUUAAUAAAAUACUAUAAGUUUACCUCUUUAGGAUUAUAAAAGACAAAUGUAAAGAUUUAGAAAUGUUGUUUUGAUUGAUUCAUUAUUUUUGUUUUCUGUGGUUAGAAAUCAAGGUGUGUUGUGAGAGUUCAGGUAGGCUGUUUGGUUGUUUGCUCUCUGAUCCCUUUUCCCAAGAUGACAGCAGAAGAAAGAGCGGCUUUGUCGUCUCAAAGCCACUCUCUUAUAUGUUUGUAUCUACAGAGUUUCGAUGAAAGCGCCUGGAGGAAAAAAGAGAGCUUAGGUUGGCAUGCGAUGAUGUGCUGCGAGUAAAGAAAAUGGAAAUACGGCUCAGAGUUUUUGCGGGUUCUCCUCACUCCAGACUGACCGUGAGUGAGAUGACUGCUGCUUCAUCCAGCUCCUGUAUUUCAGAGUCUGGAGGUGAGCCGAGUGUGUGGUUGCUCAGGCUGCAGUAAUGGAAAAAGAGCUGUCAGGUUUCUCCUCUCGGCCACGUGGAGGCACGGGAAACCCUUAAAUGAUCUGACAUUAGUGCAGCAGUGUGUUGAUGGAUUUAACUUGAAUGGAAAACUGAAGCUUUUAAAGUCAGAGUGAUGAUCCGAGCAGAAGGUGUGUGCCUCAGCAUUGUUGUUGUUAUUUUUUGUGGACUUGAGGGUUUCGGUGGAAUCCAGAUGGCCCACGCCUCGCUGUGGUCACGGCUGAGGACAGUUGUUUUGUGUUUUUGUGCAGUUACACAAACUAAGGGCUCCUGAGGCCAGAUGAGUGGGACGGUGUCAGUGUCGGUUCUACUCUGUCAGGUCUGGACUGUUUGGGGAAGCCGCUAAUGACAUGGAGCUCGGUCGUUGGCAGCAGGUCCUGCAGCUCCUGCAGCUCUGCUCAGCGUCUCCACUUCUGCUCUAUCUUCUCUUUUUCCCUCUUGGGUUUCAGCGUCUGUGAGAAAUACGUUCCUUGUGGUUUGGUGGGAGCUGUGAAAUGACGGCUGUCUGUCUGAGUCCUCUGCAGAGGAGGGGUGGGUGAGAAGAGGCUCGUUCUCUCUAAUUGUGUUUACAGCUCAAACACAAUUAUACCCCCCUGUGACUCUUUGAUGGAGAGACUCCACUCUGGAGGAGCCGGCCUUUUGUGAGACUCUUGCAUCAUUACCGCCGUUCCUUUAGUCUUUUGUUUUGCUUGACUUUCGGUGUCUUUAAACUCAUCAGGCUCUGUAAUGACUCAUUUCAUCAGCAUUUCACCGGAUUUCUGCUCUCCAGUGUGGUGUCCCAGAGUUUGUGUACUUUUAAAGUACUUCAGUUUCUACUUAAAUCCAUGUGGGGAAAAAGAGAAGAACUCCUUAGCACCUUUUAUAAAGAUUAAAGGACAUAUACAGUGUUUUCAGUUUGUUAUUCCUUUUAGGGCUGGGCGAUAAACUGAAAAUUCACCGAUACAGAAAUUUACGACAACAACCAACGUCACUUUGCCCACGUCAGUAUAUUCAAUGUCAAAUAAAUAAAUAAAUAAAAGUUGGUUUUGGAUGUGUGUGGGUAGGCUAUGGUCUCAUGUCCCUGUAAGACGCUGUCCUACAUCAGUCUAUAACAAAGAGGGAAAGACAGGUGAGGAGAUGGAAGACGGUUCAAAAGUUGCGGCGGCUGAAGUAGAUGAAGUUUAUGUGGGAGGGGGUGAGCCUGGGCUUGACACUAACUUUUUUCACAUAUGCUCCUAAGUUGAAAAAGUAAGAAACACACAAAGAACUUUAGGGGCACAAUAGAAAUUGAUCAAAUAAUGUUUGUCUUAUUGGUCGACCUUAGUACUAUUAUUUAAAAUCGAUUUUAGGUCAAUUGGUAACGUGACAUGGAAGCUAUUGAAAGAAAACAGCCGGUAAUUUAGUGAUGGUCCCUUAUUCAACACCCAACGUUGACAGCGAGGGUGCAGAGUAGAUUUAACCACGCUGCUGCUGCUAUUCCCGGUUAUGGAGAGUGAGAAGACACCGGUAGAUCCGCCGUGAAUGUCUGACUAAUAUCCAACCUAAAACUAACUGCACUGCGGUCUUUACAUGAAAAAACAUUUGUUGCCUCGGCUGAUUUUUUUUGCCCUUAAAUACAUUUUACAAUUCACACACAUCUAUUUUUAGUCACAAAUCUGAGUGAAACGGUCGCACUGUUGAGCAGAUUGUGAAGUAGUUAUCGUCUAUUUAUCGUUAUCGAGGUGAACUGCUCAAUAUCCUGACAUUGAUUUGAGGCCAUAUCGCCCAGCCCUACUCUCCAGUGUGGUGUCCCAGUGUGUUUACGUACUUCUUUAAGAGCUUCAGUUUCUGUGCUGCUACUUAAAUCCAUGUGGAAAAAAGUGAAGGACUCCCAAACACCUUUCAUAAAGAUUAAAGGACGACACACACUGUUUUCAGUUUGUUAUUCUCUUUUUCACAAACACAGAUGGAUUUAACAUUUAAAAGUUAUUAUCUUGUUUCUUUUUGGAGAUCCUAUCUCUCUCCUGCCGCAGUCUCUGAUUACGUUUUCUCCUCGGAGAUGAUGGAGCCGCUCAGCCCCUGUAAUCUGCUCAAGGUGGGGAAGGUCACAGUCAGCAGAGCAGAAAGCCGCCCGUCCUUUCUCACUUCUGCCUCCCACUUUGUUUUUUGCUUUGUGUUUGGUCACACCAUUAACUCUUCCUUUCAUGAUCACACACACUACAUUGAUUAACAGCUGUUUAAAGACACUGAGCUGGGAUUCAUGACGUUUUCACACUCUGCUGGUCUUUUGUGUAGGGUUACAUUGUUUACACACGGAGAACUGAUUGUGCAGUUGGGUGUGUGCGCCUUUUUUCUUGCUCUAAAUCCUGUGAAUGUGUUUUUUCAGAAGCCUUUUGAAGUAAUAGCAGGCUGUAAGUCUGCUCUAAGUAUUAUUUUUUCAGUCGGUAAGGUCAUGUCCUGCAUAUUUUUUCAGGAUCCACCCAAACUUUGUCAGACUUUUCUUAACCUAGAUCCCAUUUUUUAAGCACUUCUACAGUUUUUGAUGUAAACGGGACAUAGAAUUAUUCACACAGCCUGAGAACAUAUUUUCCCUUUAAUAGUAAAGUUUAUAAGUUGUGGACAUGUGUGGGAGUCAUUUAAAGAUCGUCUGUGUGUGUGUGUGUGUGUGUGCACGUGCUCAGAGGAGGCUUGUUUGUGCAGCUGAUACUCCUGUGGAGUAGCUCAAGGUCAGGCACCGGAGGCCCAACAGUAGCGCUGGCAUCUCUCUUUCUCUACACGUCCCCUGUUUCCUCCAUACGCAAAAACACCCUCGUCUGGGAUCUCCCUCCUGCUGUGACUCUCCCUUUCUGGUGCAGACUGAGCUUUAUUUAUCACUCUGUAGGUAAUCUUCAGGGAGAAGGAGCGAGCCAAGUCUGGAGGCCAGACUCCAAAGCUGAGAUCUGAGACAAAAUUGAAACAGAUACGAACUGUUGGUCAAGCGUGUGUGUUUGUGUGAAUGACGUUAAAGGGAUAUUCUGUCGUAAAAUUAAUUUAGGGUCAAACACACGGUAACACCAAGUUAGACCCCCCUCCAGAGAUGAAUGUUGCCGACCGCUUGCUUCUCUAGUUAUACCAACUUUAGUAACGACUGCGCAAUAGCAAUACAGAGAGCCACGCGCUCAACCAAAACACCACUCUAUAGCCACAAAUAAUGCUCAGAACAGCACCUAACUUCAUCAACAGGACAUAUAGGGUCCUAGCCAUAGUACUAGACACCAAACAUCUUUUCAACUUUCUUUGGCAAAGAGGCUAAACACAACUCACCUACUCUCUUCCAGCAGCCACUUGUUUGUAGCGAGACCUCAGGCCAGUCCACUGACUGCAGCGGUGUUUCACAGCUCAAGGAAGAACAUUUAUGAUCAUUUCUUUAUCAUUUCCUUGAAGUAAUAAUCACCAUAUUAAUCAUUUUGCACUGCAGACACCAUAGUUCUUCUACCUUAGCGUCUCAGUCUGAUUGUAUUUCCAUGAAGAAAUGAUCAUAAAUGUUCUUCCUUGAGCUGCGUCACCCCGCUGUAGUCGAUGGACUUGCUACAGACAAGCAGCUGCUGAAAGAGAGAGGGUGAGAUGUGUUUAGUCUCUUUGCUAAAGAAAUUAGGCAAAGUUAAAAAGAUGUUUGGUGUCUAGUACUAUGGCUGGGACCCUAUAUGUCCUGUUGAUGAAGUUAGGUGCUGUUCUGAGGAUUAUUUGUGGCUAUAGAGUGGCGUUUUGGUAUAACUAGAGAAGCAACAGUCAUCUCACGACGGGGUGUCUAACUCUGUGUUACGGUGUGUUUGACCCUAACUUAGUUUUUCACCAGUAUUUCCCUUUAACCUUAAGUUAAAGGACAGCCGUUAAGAACAGCCGACCUCAAAUCAAUGAUCACAGAGCAGAUGUUUCCCCUCCAAUAAAACCUGCGGACACUACAGCAUCAGAAAUGAAACUUUAGUGAAAGUAGAGAGUGUGUUUUGAGUUCUCCUCUUUUUUGUCCUUUUUCCAGGAGACAGAGCGUGAGAGCCACAGCGAGCGCGAGCGUAUCAGAUCUCAGAUCCUGGAGUUACGCAGUCAGCAGACACAACAAAGCCGAGAGCAUCAGAGAAAAGGUGAGUUACGCUCCUUCAGAAACAAAACUGCUCAUCAGUUUAGUCAUUUCAUCUCUUUGGCAAUCGCCUGACCCAUUUCCUCUGCGUGCCACACACACUUGUGUCAUGUAUAUCCAUGCCACACCUCCAGAGCUGUUGACACAUGAAAUCUUUUGUAUACUGGAAACACUCACCAAAAGGUCAGGUUUCGGUUGGUGUUUCUAACUCAAAGCCAACACUGACCACCUUCAUACAUCCGCCCUUGAUGCAAUUUCCUCCUGGCUGCCUGUUAAAACAGUCGGCUGAAGGGGCCUUUCUCCAGAGGUGGCAGUCAGUAGGUCAUCUAACUUUUAUUAACUGUUUGUAGUCACUCACAGAGCCGGUAUUAAUGACUCCGGCCUCUUAAGAGUGGAGUCGUUUCAUUAACCUCCGUGUUAGCAUUAAUAAAGACGCAUGAAUGAAAGCCCUCAGGAGCUGAUGAAUGUGCUUCCUUCACGCGGGGCUUUUGAAACUUUGCAGGCACGGAGCUGAAUACACGAAUGGCUUGUUAAAAGUCAAAAGUGUAUUGUCAAGGACUCAUAAAUAGAGUAACAAGUCAGCUAACAGCUUAUCAGUUUGGAAUCCAAAGAAAACUAAUCUGAGAGGAGUUUAUCUAACUGGUCUCUGGCAGGAGAUGAAAGUGUUUUCGUCUUUCAUCGUGGUUUGGUCCCAUUUAACCUUCUCCCAGUCUUAGGCUGACAUAUAUAAGAAUAAAGUCAUUCUGUGUGGCCCGGUCUGGCUUGGACUUGGCUCCCAGUGUCCUCCUCAUGGACAUGGGCUUGGCCGUGGGGUUAUGGGAAGCAACAGAGGGAAACCCAGCAGCCACACCUCUGCUAAAAAAAGCUGAUACCAGAACUGAGGUCUUGUUGACUCGGUUGAGAAAACUGCCCACUGUUCCUGAUAUAUCCCUGCCUUACAAUUUAAACCGGGGUGAAGCUAGGGUAAACAACAAAAAAAAGACCACCGUAGGAAAGUAAAGAAAGAAGGCGUUGAUCAACAAAGACAUUCGUGGUCAGGAAGGGACGGUGGAGUCAUGGUGGGCUGCCGGUUGACUCUGCAGAAGGGAGAAAGUGGCAGAAAAUAAAAGAUUUGGACUUAAGCGGCCAGAUCUGCAGCACAAACACAUACCUCCACUUAUAUUUACAAGCUCUACUUCAAUGAGCAUGUGUCCAGCUGGUUUACUCUUCAGUCCAAACUGUAACGGGUAAGGCUGUGAUUUAGGAAAUGAAUGUUUGCAGAGUCUCUCAGUGGAAUUUGCUCUGUAGCUCCAGUUCCCCAAGGAGAAAAACCGGCUUAAUUUAAAGUCUGUCACCACGAGAAAUUUCACACUUAAAUCUCUGUGAAGGACGGAAGAGAGAAGAGUCUGGUUUAUCACUGUUGAUAGAAGAACAGAAGUCAAGCACAGUUUUCAGAUUGUUUUCUCUCUCGAUCCAAAAUCAACAAUAAUCAAAACUUUUAAAACACUUGAGAAUGACUAAAAUCUUUUAAGCACUUUAUUGUUUAUAUUCUCACACCCAGUGAUGUUUGCAGCUGUUCGGGGGUCAAACCUACGAUUGAUAUCUCGAAGUUACGAGCCAGAAUGGUGGCAAAGUUGACUCUCUUAUAGAAAGAAUAAUAAAGUUUCUACUCCACAGAAGUUUAAAGGUGGGGAAGGCAGGAAUCAGUUGUUGUUUAAAUACAAAAAAGCUUUUAAUAUCAGUCAAUAGGUAUUAGUUAUUGAUGAUAUAUGGUAAUAUCACAAUAUCACUGUGUUCUCUUAUUCCUGUGUAGUCAACAUUUUGGAGGCUGUCCGGGCUUGUCCGGCUCCGUCCGGCGAAGUUUAUAAAAUCCUUAAAAAUGUCCGCGGCUUUGUAUGUAAGUUUUGCUUUUGUGUCACAUGGAUGUAGUGAGUUAGAAGCACGUAAAGGACACUCGAUCUGACCCGAAAAACUCUUAAAAUUAACUUUGUGCGACUCUGUGACUCCGCCCCCGCGUAGUCGUGUCCUCUUUUUGGGAAGUCAGAAUAUGGUCACCCUAGUCAAACGGUUCUGCUGUAGCGUGUUGUAGCGCCGCUAAACUGUCCUCCCUCGGGUCCUGGACUAUGUCACUUUAUCCUAGUUGUAGAAGUCCUGCAAAUAUUGUGUUUGCUGGUAGUCUGUUGGCAUCUACAGUAGCACCAAUGCUUUUUACUUUCACGUUGACUGGGCGUAAAAGUAUUUAUCUGCAUUAUAUCUGAAUUUAAUUGAAACGAUACAAGCAAGCAGAAGCGUCUGUUUGUGGGCGGGGCUUGCUGGAGCAGAGAGGGAAAACUGGUUGGGAUGGCUAGAGUUUACAUUCAAGAUUUCUCCCAAAAACCAGCACUUCCUCAGAUCCUGACUACACCACCUUUAGGUACAUGCAAAACUUUAUAUUCGGCUUGUGUUCACACUCACUUUAAUUACAACUACCUGAUACACCAGAGGCGGCGUGUUAAACUCUGUUUAAACCCUGAGAGAGAUUGCAGCUGAAGCAGUGACCUUGGGUUUAAAUAAAACUUUGGUCAGCCUUUUGUUUGUGCUCUAAAAAUCAACUGUCCGGAGAGUGGCUGCUUGUGGAGCUGUUUUAAGGCAAAGAAGCUAGCCUCUCAUUACCCAGAAGCAGUGGGGGAUUUUCCCAGAAAUAACUACACAAUGGGUCUGAGAACUUUCCAGCGACAGAAACGGGAACAAUAACGUGAGUUUGGAGAAGAAAAACGUGUGUUUUGGCUCUCAGUCCAGUUACAGUGAAGCAGUAAUUGAGUUUGGGUUGAGCGCAUCAUUAGACUCAGACACUGCUGUCUGUCCAGUGGACCGUUCGUGGUGUCACAUGUAAGAAGAGCCGCCAUUAAUUGUCCUAAUUGAGUGUCAUAAUCAUGUUUCCAUUCAGACCGCGUUACAUAACUGCUGGGUGUUUGAUCAACAACUUGCAGUUAUUUAUAAACUUAUUGUGCAUGAAUUAGCGGUCUUCUAUUUAAGGGCGGUGUUACGCAAUAAAGAGAUCAGCUGUUUUACACACAAAGCUGUGAAUGUCUCAGCUGAGAGGGUUUUUCUGCAGCCGCUGCCCAGACUGGAGUCCCUCUUUGAUCUGGUUUGUAAAUGACGGGGUGAACGCUGUUUGGUUGCAGAGUUGGUGCAAACACGGGUCACGCUCCUGCCCUGGUGUGUUAGAGGGGGAAUGUGGGAAUCAGAUACCUGAUGUGGUUUUUACACAGCCUCUGAUAUCCCCUCACGGUGUUAGAGGUAGAGGCUGUCACAGAGGGAGGAUGUGGGCUGCACCGAGUUGUUUGGAGAGCGGUUUCCUGAGGAGAGGAGGAGAACUGAAGGAGCCUGGACAGAGAGGAGGAGGAGGGGGAAGUACUUAACCUAGUCUCUAUUUCACACUCACUUCCUCCUCAGCUCCUUGUACUCGCUUACCACCUUCGAUCGAGCCAGAUGCUCCGGCUCUUUUGUUAUGACCACUCCUCUUUUACGCAAAUCCACUGACACAAUCUCACAGAUCUGCUCAGGAACUGAGGCCAGUCUGGAGGAAAUGCCUGCGUCCCCUCAUGUCUCCACAUGCCUCCUUCUGUGAUCCUAAGGAAUGAUUUCUGGUCUGACCUCUCGUGAGGCCCUGGUGCCGCAGAAGUAUUUCAGUUCCAAUAUCUCAGCUUCCCCCAGUUCCUGUUUCCUUAAAGUCACGGUUGACGAUCUGAGACGCAGUUGAUAAAAACUGAGCUAUUGAGGCAGAUUUGAAAAAAGCGUCCCACCCCACCACACACAAACCUCUUCCUUCUGUGCUCCACAGUAACUCCCCCCCGAACCUGUAUCGCCCUCUCCACGACACGCCCCCUCUGGCAGAGCAAGAAGCGGGCUGGCAGAAGAUCCUACGCUAGCUUCAAAUAAGAUUCACCGCGUCAGAAAACUCUGCUUUCUCUGAAUUUUCUCCACCGCUGGAAGGAUGACCCGAUGUUUAUUCAAGUUAGAUUCCUCGCUUGGUCACAUUUCCUCUUCGACUCCGCCCUCUCUUCUGUCCCUCUCCAUCACAGCUCCUGUAGCUAAGCUGCUAAGCUACUUUUAGCCGCUCAGAGCUCCGAGGAGGACCGGGAGAGUGGGAGGGGACGAGUCAGAACUACGGGAGAGGGGUGUGUCGAAUACAGCGAGGUGAUUGGAUGGAGAGGCGGAGCAGGAGAUUGACCAAUAGGAUCUGUCCGGGAUGCAAAUUUUUUUUUGUGAGAUGGUAGGGGAAGGUCCCGCCCUCCUUCACCUCUGAUUGGCUAGAAGUGCUGGGCUCCGAUUGGUCAUUCCCUAUGGCUGUGAAACGUCAUCGUCUAUUGGGUUAGGGUUAGGAGAUUCAGAAGUGCGAUAAUGUUUUGUAAUGUUCUGCUCGAUGUACAGAGCCGACAGCCCGCGUUUCGCUUGAGCGUGUGAUGACGUUUCCAGCUUUUCUAGCCAAUCAGAGGCGAAGGAGGCGGGACUUUCCCCUACCAUCCCACAAAAAAGAAAUAUCGCGUCCGGGACGGAUGGCUCCCAUUGGUCAAUAUUUUUGCAGCCCUGCACCUGCUGGGGUGAACGGAGUUUUUCCUUUCUUUUUUCUCUUCACUUUGUGGAGAUCGCACUUUAGGACCAUGAUCACCAUAGAAACGAAGUUUAUAAUAAUUACCAAUCUCUCCAAUCAUCAACCAUACCUUUAACUCAAAGCCUUAAUACUUUGUGUUUUAUGUCCUAGGGUCAAACUCAGGUAUGGUGCUGGUCCUGGAUCACCUGGUGAAGGAUGACAGCCCUGUACCUCUGCUGAUCCAGCCUCAGAGGGAAGCGAUGGCCACCGAGCCAGACCUGGUUCUGUCUCAUCGUCAGAGAUCAGAUUCUUCAGCAUCAGAUCGCAGCGCCACCUCAGUGCUCUCCAGGUCUAACCUGGAUCCUGUGGUGUCAGAGAAGAGUGUGAGCUCGACCCACAGAGCUCGGCUGGACUCUGGAGCCUCAGACCGGAGCCAGAGUCCCUUCCAGCGUGGUCGGCUGGAUUCUGGGGCGUCAGAGAGAAGUGUCGGCUCCUUGUCCCACGUUAGACAGAGACUGGGCUCGGAUGUCUCCGAUUCUGGUGUCAGAUCUCGAAGGGGCUCAGGGAGUUCAGAUGUCUCUGGUCUGUUGACGAGGAAACGGACAGACUCAGGGACGUCUGAGCACAGCGUGAGUAUGUCCUCUGAGGACAGGGGUCCAGCGGAGGAGGUGGAGGUCGCCACAAGUGGUUCAAAUUACAGCACAGAUUCAGAAACUGAGGGCAGGAGCACCAUCAAGACUCAGUCAAACCAGGAUCACCACAUCGAAGACCAGGAGCAGCCUGAUGGGGCGGUUUUAUCUCGAAGAGAUCCAGUGAAUGGUCUGCUCAACGGCAGUGCCAAAGGAAAAACUGACCCCAUCAAACAGAAGGUAGAAAACCCAGAAUCCAAACACUCAGUAUGUUUGUUUUAUCUGAACCUUCUGUGUCUCAGCACAGUCUGGUCCAGCGAGUAGGGGGUGUCUGCAGAGCCAGAGAGCCCAGCAGAUCCACAACCCUCUUUGCGCCCCUGCUGGAUGGAGUAGCUCAUUGCAUGACAGAUCCACAAACUGAAACACGUGACCGUCCCUUCUUGCUGCUUCUUUCUUGAAAGUUAUCAGCUCGAAUGGAGCGACAUUCUGAUCGAGUACUAAACUUGAAUCACAUCAUUUUUUAGUCAUCAAUAAAACUGUCGUCUUGAAUUUGACGGAGAAAUAAGUGUCAAUGUGACAGGCUCCGUUUAUGACAUUUUCCCUGAUAGUCCUAAAUGAACAUUGAAUCUCAUUAGCUUGUCGGAAGUUGGAAAUGUACCAUUCGACUCGUAGGCUAUUAGCAUCGUAGUGAAUGAAACAUAAGUGCGAUGACUUAUAAUGUGCAUGAGGUUGCACAUGAAAAUAUACGAGAAAAACACACAAAAUAUAACAAUCAUACAACUCUGUAGACACAUACUUUUGCAUUCAGGGGGUCAAAAUCAUCGCUAAGGAAUGAGUAGUAUAAAAGCGAGGCCAAUCCCUAUGAUGUUGGGUUAGAUAUUUUGGUAGAAUAAACCCAAAAUACUAUAGGUAGGCAGAAAAUACAUGAAUAGAUGAUUAUAAGUAAAAAAUUGUAAAAUUAAUAAAAUCUAGAUUGAUAUCUUAAUAUGUGACUUUGGGCACUUUUUUAUUUUUAAAAUAAAUUUAAAAUCCUUGAAAGGAAGUGGGCAGAGUCCCAAGAACUGAACACUUUCUUCACAAAUUUCAAAGACUUUUUAUUUUGAUUUGAUAAUAAUAUGUGACUGCGAUCACUUAUUUAUUCAUUAACUUGUUUAUUAAAUUCAAUUUCUGGGCACAAAAACAGAUGGUUAAAAAGAGGGUUGUGGAUCUGUCAUGCAGUGACCUACUCUGUCCAGCAGGGGCGCAAAGAAGGUUGUGCAUCUUCUGGGCUCUCUGGUUCUGCAGACAUCUAAUAUUGACCUGAUUAACAUCUGCUACACAUCUUGCUAAUCAUAACUGCACCACUAGAGUGGGGUGUCGAGCUGAACACGUCCAGGACCAGUCCUCACUCCUCUUUCCUCUCUUUCCUUUCCUCUUUCCUCUCUCUUCAUUCUUUAAAGACACCCGGCUCACAUCAGCGCUCAUAAAGACACCGUGCCGAGCUCCUGUUAGCUGUUGUUUAUCUGCAGUUACUGGGCUACCCGAACAAACCGUACACCUGAGAGUCUCUGCUUCACCUCAGCAGAGUGUCAGCCUCACCUGCUGUCAGAGGGGAGUACACAGGAUUAUGGGCCAGAGGUUCUGUAUCCCCUCAUCUCAGAGUGCAGGGAUCACACAGAGCUGAGGUUUCUGCACAAAGUGUUCGCUAAUAAGCAACAUUUCCCAUCUUAGGGACUCAGGUCUGGGUGACGCCAUCAUGUCGCUCUUCUUAAUGUGUUUACCUAAGGCCGGUCCCGGACUCCUUUUUAUUGUUCCCUGCGAGAUAGGCCGAUGCUCAGUCUCCUGAGAGUAAUGUAAACACUUGGGGCCCGUCAUGGCCCCCUCUGCCAAAAAAAGAACAGAGGCCCACCGCUCACUCCAAACACAAAUGUUACAUAAUGAAAACACCACCAGUCGAUCCUCCUUUUAGCACUGUGUAAAUCUGUGUGUGUAGUGUCACUCCAGACAUGCUGUAUUUGUACACUGUGGCCCCUCAUGGUUGUGCUUGUGUUCCUCAGACUCGGUGCAUGUGACUUUUUUUGAUACAAUUCUGUUUGUCAUGUGACUUUUAUGUUUUGUUUCUUUUUAGAUAACAAGUGACAGAGAUGUGCCGCUCAGUCAUGGCAAAGCAAAGGACUCUGGUAAGACACUGGUUAAUGCUUAAUAAACUGAUAUUUCAUACAGUUCAUAUUCAAUAAAGUGCAUCUACCAUAUCUACAUACCUGUACAUAGGGCUGGGCGAUAUCGGAAAAAGUUUAUUGCGAUAUAUAUUUUUUCAUAUCAGUCGAUAUCGAUAUAUAUCACGAUAUAAAAAAUGAAAUUUAACAGUGCUUAGUGGUAGCAUGUCUUUUGCAAUACAAUAAGCUACUGUUAUGUUAUGGUUGUGUGUAGCUGCUAUCUCCUACUACGCUGCUGUUUGCUACUUGGUUCUAAUUCAGCACAUGAUUGGUUCAGCACGAAGCAGACCAGGAGCAACUCCUCUUUUCAUUGGCUAUUCAUAUAGUCCACCAAAACAUGGCAGAAUACAUCUUAAAUAUGUUAUUGACUGCAGCCUUUAAGUCUAUAAUCAUCAGAUGGUUGAAACCAGAACCCCUCUCGUACAAUAUCUGGAUUCAGAAAGUCUGGGAUAUUUAUCAAAUGGAGCAGAUCACAGUUUCAAAAUACCGUCAGAAUUUGUGCCUAUAAAUUAGGGGUGGGAGAAAAAAUCAAUACACAGAAGUAUCUCGAUUUUUUGUUUUACAAUUUUUAAAUCGAUUUUAUGUUCAAAAAUCAGUUUUUUGUUUUUUUUCAAAUUUAAGAAUAAAUCUUAAAAACUGACUUACAUGUGAUGUGUAUUUUUUGGGGAAAUAUGGUUUCUGGAAUAGUCAGUAGACAAUCAUAAUCAUUCAGCUGUUUCACUGGUGUUAAAAUUGCAGACUAAAUAUCGAGAAAAUCAACAGUGUUUAUAGAAUCGCUAUUCAAAUCGAAUCAGUAUCCAAAAAAAUCGUAGAAGAAUCAAAUCGGGACAUUGUUUAUUUGCAAUGAUUUCUAUUAUUACUCUCUUUGUUUUUAUCCUACAUUAUUUGUGGAUGUUUGUAAAAAUACACAUGCAGCUGAAAAAGGGAAAAGAAAUGUAUUGAGAUGUCUACACAUUAUUGUUGUGGUUAAAAAUUUAAUAAAAAUUAAGUUCAGAAAACAUGGCAGAAAUGCAUAUUGACCAUGUUUUAUAUAAUUAAUUUUGAUAUAUAUCAUUAUCGUUUUAUCGCCCAGCCCUAGGAUCUACCAAAUCUACAUACCUGUACCUUAGGAUUGUAGCAUUUCGCUCAGCUAAUGGACUGUUUAUUACCGUCAUGUUGAUCAUGAGAACUUGAGAGUGUGUGAUAAUGUAACAGACGGUUUAUAGACUAUAUGACUCCAGUAUAAGGAGGCCUUACUGUGACCAUGUAGGGCGUCUUAUAGGAGAAGACAUUUUCCCUCUUUGUACCAGACUGCUCUUUACUGUGUCCACUGUACUAUAAACUGUGGUUUUCCUUUAAAGCAGCACAUCUCUUUUUCCUUUGUUAGGAUGACCUCAGAGAAUAUCUUCUCCUCUAAUCACUAAUGCUUUUUCCAUCAGAGGGUCGGUGCCAAAUUCAUGAGCUUUGUACACAUUAUCUGACAGUAUUAAGGAUCAGAGAGUGAAAGAAUAUCCAUGAGUGGAUGAAACAUGUCCUGAAAAGUCCAUAAACUAGGAACUGAGAGAAGGUAAAACGGGGGAGGUUAAGUCAAGCAAAAUAAAGGGGCUGGAACAAAACCUGGUGAGGAGAGGGAAAGAGGAAUGGGAUUUGAGGGGGGGCUUGUGAUGCGGAGGAGGAGAAGAUGAAAACAAGGCUGUAGUAGUAGUAGUAGAUAAGGGUUCAGGCACUUUUUAACUUAAUACUCCUGCAUUAUUUCUUCACAGCGCCUGAGAAAAAGGAUGUUGUAUUGGAGCAAUUCAACCGCACCAACUCUGUCCGUGACCGAAUGCGAAAGUUCACAGAGCCCAGCCACAGCGCGAACGUCCCAGCUCUGAAGAAAACUCCUCAGAGAACGACCUCCAGCAGCAGCAGCAGCGUGAAUCUCUCCAAAGCUUCAGAGAUGUUUACACAGACACCAGCAGCAUCCCUAAGCACAUCUGGAGCCGGGCCAGCAAGGCCACAUGUGGACUCCACGUCACACACCUCUGCUGCAUCUCAGAGUCAGACCACGCCUCAGCCGAGAGCUGUCACUAACAAACCUCUGUCUGCAACCAGCCAAUGGCAGAACUCCGUGGGUGGGACGAAGCAUGCGGCUGAAAAAGAUGUGAACGCCUCCGGCAACUCAAAGGAAGACAGGACCCCAGGGAGAGCAGCUGGACAGCAGGUCACCCAGGGAGAGGCAGACCCGGACAUGAAGACUUUCCUCACCAUCGAGAUCAAGGAUGGGCGCACCACCGCCUCCUCGACGUCCACGCCGAGGGGCAACAUCGUACCCAUCUCCACCAUGACCCCACGCAUCAACAGUAACAUCCUGGGACAGAGACAAGGUAGGACCACGAACCCAAGAAUAACUCCUAGAGAACAGACCUCGGUAAACAUGUUUAGUAGGUUUGAAUCUUCACUCGCUAAGAACGUCACUUAGAUCACAAUGGAAUCCCAGUCACUGUGGGACGUGACCGGCACCAAGGAAUCGGUCACAAGUGGGAUGAUGAGAAGAGGUUUUGUGAAGCUAAACAAGCAAAGCUCAAACAUGGAUGAGUGGGGAUAGAUGCUGCGGCUCAAUGAAAACGCACGGUUGUACUGAAGAGUGUUUGUUAUGAAGUGGGCAUCGCUGCAGUGAAGAGGGAGUGAGGUCAGUAUCGAGUGCGAGAGUGUGUCGAGUCAAAGGAAACAACAAGUGGCUGUCUCAGAGAGGCUGAAUAAUCACUCAGCUGCACAGUGCAGGGGUUUGUUUCUUACAUGCUGUAGAUAUCGUCUGCACGUCCUCUCCAGCUCAACAAGCUUCUACCUCCUUCAGUCACGUGCAUUUAUAUAUCUGUGUACUCCGCACUUCUCCUGAUGACAGAUCAGAAACAUGACUGAAAAAAAGCAGGGGUCGAGUGAUAAGAAGAAGAUUCAUUCAUUAAGAAGGUAUUUUUAGGCAUUUUCUGUCUUUAUAGUCGAAUACAGUAGGAAAAUAAUGGGUAAUAGGUAACUGGAAUGAUAUUAAACAGACAAACCAAUACUGAAAUUUAAAUACGUUAACAAUAUUUAACUUUAAUAGAGUUUAAAAACAAUUAUUCUUUGCAGCUGCAGAAGGAAAUGCUUCACCAAAACAUGGAUCUUCCUAGAAAUGGAGUAAAAAUGCAUCACCUUUAUGAAGUUAUGAAAAUAUGUCACUUCACGAUAAAAAACCUACUUAAAUAUAUGGAUUUUCCAGGAUGUUUGAGUCACAGCAAGUGUUUUAAGGGGAGUACUUGGCAGGUACAAGUGUGUUUGAAGUUUAAUGAUUAAUUGGUUCUUUAAGCCGAGCAGUAGUCUCUUAAAAACACCGUGUUCCUGUUGCACAGCACAAACAGGACCAGCAGGGAUUCAUUAAUUAGAGAAGAAGAAGAAGAAGGAAUCCCUGAACUGUAUGAAUCUCUGUCGGGUUCAGAGGCAGACCUACAUCAGCUGCAGUUACAGUCUGACAAAACAUGUUGAGUUGAGUUUCAGCUCUUUCCCAGCAGUCCAGGACCUCCAACCCAAACAGUUUAUUCCAAACCGGAGAUGAACCUUUGCGAUUACUCUCGGCUCACGAGGAUCUCAUGUUAUGGCUCUCCUUCGUGAGGGUCCCACCGUUUGUUUUGGGUUUAAUUUGUAUUAAAAGUUUUCUGCUCCUUUUUGGGACUUGCCUGUCUCUUGCUGAUUUAACACAGCCUGAGGUUUUGUCUCCGAUUACUCACUAAAAGCACUUACAGAGGGUCUUAAAUGUACCCAGUGCUGCGCUGGUGUGCAUCAGUCCUGUUUUUUAUGGCACAUGGGGGUUCGUACGCGCACGCUCUCGCAGGAGAGGAGAGCUGUUUAAGUGAAAGGUGUCGUAAAAUACAUUUCUGCUCUCUCCUCUCAUUAGACGCCGGUGCAUGUUGUUUAUGAAACAAUGGCAGCUUAUGUAACUGACGGAUGGUUACCACCAACAUGGAGCGAGACUGUACACACAUUUGACCUUUAACACGUGUAAAUAAUGCAGAGCUUGUUCAUUAUCAACCCCCUCACUGUGGUCUGUAUAUUUCUGAUUCUGUGUGUUUCAGAGUUGACCCUCGGCCUCAGAGCGACGCCUUUCAGGAUCUCCUCAUCCAGCAUCUCCUCUGGAACCCCCAUCAAGGUACAAUCAAGAUUCAUUUACGAUGCUUUUAUACCAAUUAAUCUGCACACAACCACUCCAGAAGCACAUCUCCAUCUCCAUCUCCAGCAAAGAUCUUAAUCUUACUUUCAUCCACCAUUUCAUGCCUCCUUUAUUCACUUGGAUGUCUCUACUGCAUCCCUGUAGCAGCAAUCACCUAUAAAGGCCUGAGAGGGGAACGAGCCGGGACAUUAAAAGACAGACAGAGUGUGAGAAAAGCCCGGGGAGGAGGGAAGAACAGUGUUUAUCAAACACAGAACGGGUAGCCAGUCACAUCUGUCCUUGUAGGGUAUGUGAGGAGAGAGAGAGGGAUGGGAGGUGCUCUGGGCAUUCCUGCUUUUCUCUUGGCAGGCCAUGCCCACUGAGAUUUAUCCGGGAACAGUUUCCUAAAUCACACCUGUCUGUCUUCAUGCACAUAAUUACUGUCCAGCUAAAUUAAAGAACCUGUUGAAACAAGUGUCUCCUGACGGGGUGGGAAAUGUAACGUGAGCACAAACAGUUCCUCUAAUAGAGUGACUCUUGGGCUUUAGCAAUUACUGCGAAACUCGCACUGGCGUUGUGUUUUCAUCUCCCGGCUCCUUGAAUGAAUGGAGAGGUUUGGAGAACAAGGAGAGAAGUGUCCUGUUUAUUCUUCAGAGGCUGUGUGUAUUACAGCUCCUUGUGUGGAGCGCAGCGGUAAUCCCUGUAAUGGGAUCACAGAGCUGGUUAAUGAAAGCGGGGUGAAGACUCGAUCUGCAUGGCUGCUGGGUGGAUUUAAGGUGUUUGGGUGAGAUGUCUUUAUCAGUUAGGCUGAGACUUUCCUGGAGAAAAUAGAUCAUGUUGUUAGAAGUCAAAGAUUCUCUCUGCAUUACCUCUCGCAACCUUUAAAUGAAGUCAUACAGGUAAUGUACUCGUAAGUUAUCAAAUAUGUCUGAAUCUGACGUAUUUAUUUUAUUUUCAUUACACCCUGUGUACACCAGCCAGCAUAUCACACAAAUAUAAACACAUGAAGCAGUACACUACCAAACUCCCACCCAAAGUCCCUCCAGCAUACACCAAAACUUCCUUUGAAAAAUACACAAUGGUUUUACGACAAAUCCAUGAUAGAAAAAGAAAGUAAAUAAUCGAAAUUCAUAACCCAACAGUCAACUAAAAUAGAACAGAAUAAACUGAAAACAGACAAAAAACACACGAGUUCAGCGACAACAUUUUAAACAAAAUCAUAGGUAUAAUUUCAUACAUGUUAUUUCCUUUCAGUAUGUCCCUUAGUGACGUCUACGUACAUUUUCUAAACAUGUUACUAAAGGGAGGCAAAUCUUGAAAAAUAUAGCCUCUAUUAAACUUUUCUAAAGUCAGUCUCUCUAAGGGUAGGACUCUGAAAUCUGCUUAGGAAAUAUAGUAGAAGUCUGGGGGGGAAUUCAUUUUUCCAAAAUAAAAGAAUACACUUCUUGGAAAAAUAUGAUAUUAUUAUAAAUAAUCUGCAUUUUUUUCUUAUCAAACUGAAAAACUGGAUUGUUAUUUAAUAAAUACACACUGAGUGUUUGAUCAAAUUCUGUUUUUAAAACUUUUUUUGUGAAAUAAUGAACACAUUGCUGAAAUAGGUGCAUAAAUGAUUCUUCCUUAAAUUUACAUCUUGGGCAGUUUGGUGAGAUAUCUCUAAAUAUUUUAUGAAUAUGACGUAUUUUAAAGUACAGUGCAACCUAAUAUAGAUGCACAACAAAAUAAGCUCCUUGUUUUUGUGAAUUUCGUCUUUUCUUGGACUUCUCAUCGUUUCCUGCAGCAACAGAAGAGCACAGUUUGCAUUACUGACAGCUUCAUGUGUUACUCACCAAUUAUCAGUUUAUCCUUUAACGGCCUCGGCCCUGAUCACUCUUUUGUCAGUCAUAGUUUUUGGGGAUCAGCGUUGAUCCGCCUGCAUUAACUCUGUCUGUCUGCAUCCUCAUUGUAUAGGCUCAGCAUGAAUGCCUCCUCUGAUGAACGGCUGUUUCAACACUCAGCCGAGCUCAUGUAACACCUUCCUCUGCCGGAUCUGAUCGAGUUUGACAAAACAAUCACUUAGCCUGAGUGACUUGACAAAUGAGAUUGUAAAAACAACAGCAGACACCGUUAGUUAGUUAGCGUCAACCUCGGGGGGGGAUGGGGAGACAGCUUGGUUUCCUUCAGCCUGAUCCAGAGACCACCUGUUCUUACUUUCCACGGUUAAGUCAAAGUUCAAGGUUGUGUGAGAGGAAGGAUUCGUUUCAAAGUAGCUUAUUCAAGUUCCCUUUGCACAGCAGUGUAUAUAUUCUUUAGUGUAAGAGGAGGAAAUAUGCUGCAGUGUAACAUGAGUUUUAAUAAGCCCUGUUUGGUGUUGUUAAAAGAUGUUUAUUGACCACAGUGGUUCCUGUCUGGGACUCUGAUCCGUUUGGGUGGUCUGGGUUUCUCUUUGGUGGUCUCACUUAAGUACUUAAAACCUCCAUUAUUUCCUCGUGCAGUGUUUUUUUUUUAAUCCAAUAAUAAAAUGAGCAGCCGUUUAGUAUCAACUCAUGCUGUAUAUUGUGUGAAGUACGAUCUAUUCAAGGCUGCACAGACAGAAACAAUCAACAUGAAACGAACAAUGGAGUGAAGGAGACUGAGCCUUUUGUUAUUCAUCAGAAAAGCCCGACGAAGUUUACGGCGAGGUCAGGAUGCUUGAAGGGUUUCAGUGCAGCUAUGAGAGUUAUAUCAGACAGGUGAGACUGCAGCUGAUUAUUGAUGCCCUCAGUGGCUGUCAGUGAUCACAGCUGCUCCUGCUCGUCUCAGCUGUACGCUCAGACUGAACGCAGCGCUCGGCCUUGAACACAAGCAUCAAUAACGCCUCAGCUUUAUUACCCAGGUGAUGACAGGACAGCCACUCUCUUUCCUCUGGUCGUAGAGAUUACUGCAGCGCGAGCACACAGAGCACACAGGCCCACUGUCAGUGACAGAUUAUCUCACUGUCACAUAGAGAUGCAUGAGGACCCCAUUGUUCACAUACUGCUGAUCCAGGACACACGCUGCUUGGCCAACAACAUCACAUGUGACACAGAAUCAAACCUGAAGGUGUGAGAGGAAACAUAUAAAAGUUUGGAUUUCUUUUAGAGAAGUUAACUUUACUCCCAGGCCGAUUCCUCUUCAUGCAGAAACCAAUGUACUUCUUUAACUUUAAAACUAAUUUAACCUUACUGCGUUUUUUAAUAACGCUUCAGGGGGUUAAAGAGGAAUAAUGAUAGGAUUAGUGUUACUAGAUCGGCUUCGGCCAAGAUUAUCAACAACACAGCUGUAUAUUCAGAAGAUCAGAAUCAGAAUGAAUCAGAUCAGAACGCCCUUUAUUGUCAUUAUACUGGAGUAACAUGAGAUUGGAAAUUCCAUUUCCAGUUCAAUGGAAGUAAAAAUAGAAGAAGAGAGAAACAGAAACAGAAUUAAAAGACACAAUAAAAAUAGGUAAAAAAAUAUAUAUACAGGUUAAAAAUUCUUUAGUGCAAUGCAAACAGUGCAAUAGGAAGGUAAAUAAAUAUGAAGAAUACAUGUUAGAAUAGAAUAAUAUUCCUUUAUGCAUGUAGUUUUUAGGACUUUCAGUCAUCAUGUCCUGUAUCUUCUUCACUUUGCUGUAUGCAAAGGGCCAUGUUAAGGAUUCUACUCUGUUUUGAUUCAAUAACAACAAACUUUACUGCCCAGUGUCUUUAUUCCCCCUCUCCUAAAAACCAGAAUUUACUCACUUGUAAAUCUGAGAGGAGACUAACUUUGCCCUUUGUCAAACUGUUCUCCUAUAAACUCCAGCGCUCUAUUUAUAUGAAAAUAGACUCUGGUUGCAUGUUCAUGACAUUCAGUUUCAAGGUAGACAUGUUGGCAGUGCUGUUUUCUGCUGUGCUUGUACUUUUGGGAAUCAGUGUAAUGCCUGUGAUAUAUUUACAUGUCACUGCUUUUAACGGCUUUAUUAAGCUGUAUCAUGUCUGCCCUCAUGCCAGGUCUUUAUUCGCAGAAACAGCAUGUACAGUAUAAUUGGAUUUCUAUGCAUAGAGUGCUGUAUGCACAUUAGUCUCUCAGUAGGCAAUGUAAAAGGCAUGUCAAAGAUCUGCAUGAGCCUUUUACAGUAUAGACAAGGAACACACAGAUCUCUGUCAGCAGAAGAUCUGUAUUUCUGUGAUCUCUCUACCAAACAACAUAACCCAGAGUUGGAGAAAACUUGGCCUGAUCUUAUUGUCAUCAUCAUGAUUCAGUUUUCUCAGUUUUGGCCCCCUACACUUUGUUCCUCAUGAACCCAGUCCUUCCUCUGGAGGUCUUCCCUGACUCACGGUCAUGCAACACGGCUGACCCGAGGAGCUGGAUGAAUUUUGUCCAAUUGAAGAUGAUUGACAUUGCAGCAUAUAACUACUCGACUCAGGCCUAGAGCCACAUCUAAACCCUCCCCGCCUGCCAAGGGAGGUGUGAAGGACAAGCCCUCCAAAUGAAAGGAAAGUUGAUAGAGGGGGGGGGGUGAGCUUUCUACAUUUUUGCCGCUGCCUUUCCCCCUCUGGCGUCCACCAGUGCCCCAGGACUGACAGGAUCAGUGGAAUAAUGGUGGGGCAGGAGAUAAAUUGGCAUGUCCACGGCACCUGGAAAAAAGGGGGUUGAGCCGCUGCUGCCUGGGAAACCAAAUUCCUUGUGUGCUGAUUGGCUGUGAGCAGGUCAGCCAGUAAAGACAGGGGUAUAAAGGGCGUGCAUUGUUUUGGGAGGCCGCUGUAGACAGACAGACGGCGAGAAUACUCUGUUACCCUCACAUCUGACUGCUGAUUAGAGAUCCUGACUUCUAUCUUCUGGACACAUCUGUGGAUUUACACCAACAGGACAUCAUUGUAAUCGUGAGCGCAGCAAGUCUGGCCAUGCCUGGAGUGAACCUGGAUUUCCUCCCAGCCUCCCAGGCUCCAGAAGCGUUAGGCAGCCCAGAUAGCACUUGUGCGGAGUCUGGCCUGGAGGAAGUGAUCGGUGAUCUACUUGCGCAAGAGGAAGAGGAAGAAGAAGACAAAGAGGAGCCGUUUUGUGAGAGGAAAUUUGAACAGACGUUACGGUGCGCAGUGGGGGAGAUCCACAGUGACCUGCAAGCCUUUGGUAAGCGGGUGGAUGCUCGUCUGGAAGAGGCAGCAGCUCAGGUGGUUCCUCUGGCUGAGGCUGUUGCCCGGCUGCAGGAGGACAACGUACAGCUUAGGAUUCAGCAAGAGAAGCUGAUAAGGCAAGUGGAGGCCUUGUGUCAGGUGAUAGGACUACCUGAUCUGUUAGCACAGGCAGCUGACAGCAAGGAAAGUUCACCUUUAAGUUCAUGUACCAAUGAAACGCCAAACAAUGAGCCUCCAGCUCCAUCCAGUGAUGUUGCAACGCCUCCCAGUGACCCCUGUACGCCUCAGGACGCUGCACUUGACACGCCUGAAGAUCCUUCAUGCUGCCCUCCUGAAGACCCUCCACCCUGUGAACCUAAGGACCCUCCACUGGAUGUAUCUAAGGAGUCUUUAUCAUGUCCCCAAGACUCAGAGUCUGUUUCCAAUGAAACAAACACUUUGAAGACUUCAGAGCCUUCACCGGUCCAACACCCUCCCACCUUUGCGACCCGCCGCUCCCUCUCUGCCCCCUCUCUUAUGGCAGACAUACUCUGCCCCGACAGCACGGUAAUAAUGUUUCUGAUCGUGUUGUCUUGAACUUCAGAUAAGCAGCUUGUAAAGCGGGUUUGUCUCCCUGAUUUGUAGGCCUGAUGUUCAUUUCUCCUACCGUGCCAUCGGCUCUAAUCCGUCACCCACUUCAUUUAAAAAAGCUUGGCCGUCUCAGCUGUCGGUCAGUUUUAACAGCUUGUGUUUAUACGGAGGACUCCAAUGCAAUCUGUCACAGUGGUAUCCUAACCCUCUAUCACCAUGUGUUUCCGAUCGUGUCCUGGCCAGCUCUCCUGUGUGUGUUUGCCUGUUUGCUGGCGAAUGCUCUUCUUAAGUGGAAACACUUCCUGGUAGAGGCUUAGCAGUGCAAUCCAACAAGACUGGAGACUCUUUCUAGUGGUUCACGGCCUUCAAAUCAUGUCUGUAUUGUUUCUGGUCGGAUAUGGAGCAUAAGUAUUUUUCAAAGAGGGGCACUAAAUUUAAAAAGUUGAGCUCGCCUGGCUUCAGGACAUGAAUAGGAUUUGACAUCUUACUUAUCCGUUAUGGAGAUGGAUGCUCACUUUCCUCAUAACAAAGCCCUGUGUGUGUUUGUGUGUGUUUGUGUGAGUGGACUGGUGACAUUUUGAGGGAUGCUGAGGGUUUGUAGAGUAAGCCGCAGUCAUUCAACAAGCCAAAGCGCGUAUUCUUGUCUAAUCUUGUGAAGACAGCUGGGUCUGCCAAUCACCUGUUCCAGUUAAAGGGGGAUUUUUCCCCUAAAUGUUUUCCCCCUCAGCAGAUGGAUCGCGAUAAUGACGGGUAACCUUAUCCGGCCUUUGUGCAAUAUCAGCCGCGUCCCCCAAUGUCAGCUGUUUGUGUUUCAGCUGGUAGAGAGGUGUAUUCUUCAUCCACAACAGCGAUUCACAAGAGUCGACUGAGGCUGACUCAAACAUGUGUGGAGCAGAAAGGUUAUCUGACACAUUUUUUCCACCCUUCAUGUCUCAGUUUGGCCGUUGUGUCCCAAAACAUUCCUCAUCGGUCAAGUCCUUCUCAGUUCGUUCUGUCCCAGGUCCAGAAAAGCCUCAGAAACCGGUGGUCACCCUUGAUCACUCAGCACUGUGGCUGUGCUCGAUGAGACCUGGCCCAGCUGGGGCCCGCUGGGAGGAGAGCUUGGUGGUGGAGGAUAGGAACAGAGCCAGCUGUCUGAGCUAUAUCUGUACCAGGACUCUGAAGCAUUAGUGAGAGCCCCCCUAGUCUGCCACAGGCACUCAGCCUCAGAUGAAAAUGUGAUCAGUGUUUUCUGUUGGAUUUAUACUUGCUAAGGAUAUACCGGUGAAAAGACAGUUUUGCCUUCACAAACUAUAAUGUUGAGUUAGUUCUCACGUGUAUUUAUGUUGCAUUUGAGUUAGAAGUCAGAUGUUGGAGCUGAAAAUGAUGUAACACCCGAGUUCCCAGCGUUUCAGUAACCAAGUUGGAAAAAAGCGAAAUCAGAGGCCUGAAACUAGAUGGCUACAUCUACGAAAGCUAUUUUAGUGGUUGCCUUAUAUUUGGACAAGAUGCAGCCAUCUUGUUUCCGCCUCUGAUAUAGCUUUUUUCCGACUUGGUAACUGAAACUUUGGUAACUCAGGUGCGACGUCAUUUUCAGCUCUGACAUCUAACUUCCAAGGUAACACGAAUGCAGCAUUAGAGCUGGGACAUUUGACAAAAAAAUAAAAAAAUAAUAUCAUGAUAUAUUUUGUAAUAUCGUCCGAUCUCGAUUAUUAUCACAAUUUUUUUUUUUAACUAAAAGAAACUAGACAUUAGUUUAACGUUUUGUUAACAUACAAAGCUAACUGAAUAAGAUAGACUUUAUAAAAACAUUUUAACUCAACAGUACAACAAAUGUAGAUAAAUACUAAAUAAUACAGUGAAUUAGUUUACAGUCCUGAUUGUUUUUACAGGUAUGCAAGACCCAAAAUAAACAAAUGGCCCCUUCAGAGAUAAUGAAGACGCCUUAAAAUGUAAACAUUAGAUGAUGUAAACGUAGAUGAUACGAUUGUUUGCUGCUUUGGUCUGGUGGCUGCACCGCUAGCUGUGGCUAAACUGCUAAUGCUACUUGUGCCGUUAGCACUAACAGGCUGUGCAGACUCCGCUCACAUUUUCAUGUUUCCCGCUUAAUCACUCGGGAAGUACUUAUUCAAAUGAUUUAACAGAUCCGCUGUAAUGCUGAUCUUUGAGGGCACCAGUCGCUGACAUACCUUACACAUUGGCUUAACUGCUAGACGUCACUUUGGAGAUACCAGAACCACCACCACAGAAUCGACGUUGAAUGGCUUUCCCCUCAACAAUGGCGUCUUUGGAGGAUGACUCAAAGUCAUGGCUGACAUCUGUUUUGCUGCCCUCAGCUCCGCGUGUAGCCCCAUGUUUGGUCAUUCUGUUUACUUCUCCUGUUUACGUCUCUGAUCGGCUGUUGUCACGCACAUUUCCGUUACGUUUGAUCGAACUGAAAUUUAUCACGAUCAUUAAAAGGGAUCUUAUAAUCGCCCAGUCCUGAUACUGUGUAUUAUUAUCAUCAUUAUUACGGUUUACUUACCAGAGAGAGUAGAUGUUUCUUUUUCCUCAGAGCUGACAUCUGCUAAUGCAUCGCUCUGGCGGUGGCGGUGUACCGUACCUGUCAAGUAAACAUUCGGAUCACAGCAGCUCUGUAUCAUUGAGACACUCAGGGCAUCAGUCACACUCUGUGGACUCUGCUAACAGUAACUUGGCAGAGUCGCUGUUGCUCACAUGUGCUCACUGUCACCCUCUCUGGCAUGGCUGAAGGCAGAGGAGAUGGAAGAAAUGAUGGGCUGUGGUGAGUGGGCAGGCUAAGAACAAAAAAGUGAUUAUUAGAGGGAGGCUGCACCACACACUCAUGCCUAUUAUGGCUACAGCCAGUUAAACAAAAUCCUUUCGUGCUUAUCGUGUCCUGGAUGUCAGCGAGCUUUACUUAUGUUUUCCUUUUUUAGGGUUUCAUUAGUGUAAAACUAAAAGCCUUCACCUCGGGUUGGGAGAUUCUUCUCCUGCAGGAGUUCUGAAAUGUCAAACAUAAAUCCAACCAAGGUCACAGAUUAAACAAAACAAAUCAAGACAACAUUUCCACUCCGAGCUUCAUAAACCUAACCAAGCAUGUGCUUUUGCAGUCUUUGUAAGUGCUUAUGCUUAUACCGUAUGUGUUUGUUUUAUGCAACUUUCACAGAUGGAGACGGAGCCAGUUGUGGCCUCUGUGCCGGUGUUUUCAGCUGGACCAUCCGUCACAGUGGCUUGUCAUGCCCCAGCUAUCCCCAACGGCUCCAGCAGCAUUCAGGCCAAACCUGACGAACGUUCUGGAAAACUUACUGCCGAACAGCUGGCUGCUGUGGAGGAUGAAGAGCUCCUCGAUAAAAUGGUACCCCCCAAACUCUGCAUACAUACAUACAACCAUGUCAACAGGUUUGUGAGGAAUGACAUCUUACAGUUUCUGUUUUUCUUUCACAGCUUGACGAGUCAAAAGACUUUGAGGAGAGGAAGAUGAUUCGUGCAGCCAUGAGGGACCUUCGCAAGAAAAAGAGAGGUAAUAACUUAAGAAAAACACUCCUCGAUCUGCGGCUCUAACCACAUGAGUUUGUCCUCCUCUUUUGUUCUUUUCCAUCCCUAAAUCAUAACAGGAAGAUGUGCUGUAUUGAAAUCAAACAUAUAACAGUUUUCUCUAGCCUGUACCGAACAUCAUUUCUGUCCGUUCUGCCCUCAGAGGCCAUGCUGGGAUGUACUCAAGAGGAAAUAGGUAGGGCAGGUUGGUGUGCCGUGUGAAUUUACGAGUGAUACUUGCCUGCGUUUGACUUUUUGUGUGCGCACCAUCCUGUCAUCGUCAGACCACGACAAUUUCUGAACAUCAAAUCUGCGUGGUGGAUGAUGGAGGAUGUGUGGAGGGUUUUUAUAAACAUGCAUGAAUCCUCGUUUUUUAACAUGCAAAGGAAACAUCUACUACCCUGAGUGACAGAAACUAAUAUAAAGACGUAUUGACUGAAAUACACGCUCAGGUAACUGCUGGAUAAAGAGGUGCAUUACCAAACUUUGCACUCUCAGGUGUGUGUGUUUGCUCUUCUUUAUCUGUGAUGUUUGUGCAUCAAAUACUACUCGACAGAUUUGGCUCUCCUGUGAGCGUUCCACCUGCAAGUGUCUGUGUGUUCAGAGGAAUUAAAUAGUGCCGUGGAAAGAAUCUUGAAAUGCAUCGUUUGAAAUUUGGAGGUCUGUUUUAAUCCAUCUCUGUGGCUGUCAGAUGAGCUGCUGUCAGAUUGUUUAGACCUCUCGCUCUUGUAUUAUUUUCCAUUGACAUCAUCUCCUCUCUUCUCCUUUUAUCCAACCCAGACCAGAGAGAAAAAGAGCGCGAGACCCGUCUGCAAGAGCUCCGCAACCAGAGAGACGAGCGAGCGCAGAAGAGUCGGGCCGGGGUCGGCGCAGGAGAGGUGGUGAUGAGGAAGGUGGAGAAGUCUGCAGAUGGCUCCAGUCUUAGUCAGGUCACUAAAACAGACCGCUUCGCCCAGUCAGGUAGUUAUUUCUCUUAUUUUUAUUCACAGUGACGGGAAAAGAGUACAAAAUCAGAUUUGUGUCAAAAAUAAUCAAACAAAAUAAGAAUUUGAGAGAGAAUAAAACUCACUGAAGCAGAAAAAAAGUCAUCUCAAAACUAAAAACUUGUAACUUGCAAACAAAGUAUUUGUGCAGUUGUGUAAACUUCUGCUCUUUUUCUUUUUGUCAUAUAACCUUUUGUUUACAGUUUCCUCUGUUUAUUUCUCGCUGACCAGAUUUUUGCUCUCGCUGCCCGUUUUACAGUCUCGCUGACAGCUCUCUCAUUUGCGCUCCCUGAGUUUUUGUUUUUGACAGAGACCUCUGAUAGAAUGUAGUAGGUUAUAUUUCUGUACAAAGUGAAUCCACGCUGUCAAAAUAUGAGCUGGCAGCAGUUUGUGACUCCAAAAAAUCUGAAUUGUAACCAGAGUUAUAACUGGAUGCAUUUUUCCCCAACAGCGGUUUUUCUGUCUGCUGAAAUAUGCAUCCACCUGUAAUACUGAUUCUUUGUAUAAUAAUAAGAUUGUAUUUUUGUUUGAUGUAGAAAAAGUUUUGUUUGAUUAUUUUUGACUCAAAUCUGAUUCCAUAAAAGAGCGAUCAAACUGUUGAGUGCUUGAAUAAACGAUAAUGUGCGUUUGUGUUCAGAUGAUGGGAGUCGAUCAUCACGCAGCACUGUUGUUGAGGCCAGUUAUGUGCAGAAAACAGACAGUAAGUCAAGAUUUCAUUUUCAUCUCUGGCCCCCUUUAUUGAUAUAUCGUACAUUAUUUGAUUCUCUGUUUGUGUGUUUGUUAUCUCAGGGGGGACAGUCCAGUCAAAGUCAUACAGCUUCACAUCCUCCACAUCAUCUUCGUCCUCCAAUACAAGUAAAAAAGUGGGCAGGUGAGUUGAAAUUCAACACAACAAAAGCUCAGAAUCCAUCCGCUUCAACAGCUAACUUUUAAUGGAUAUCUUUGUUCAGCGUGUUUGACCGAGAGGACGAUUCAUCAUCUCGUAGCGGAAGCAGCGGGUUGGCCGCCGUGGAGCGAAAGCAGGCAGAGAGGCGUAAGGAGCUUAUGCGGGCUCAGACUCUUCCGAAAACCUCCGCUAUGCAGGCCCGCAAAGCCAUGAUCGAGAAGCUGGAGAAGGAGGGAGGCGGGUGAGGAUAAACAGAGAGAUCUCGCUACCAAAGAAAGAGAAGGAGUCAGGUCUGAUUAUGUAAAUACCAACACCAACCUCACUUUUCUUUCAGCCCUGGAAAUCAAGCGGUCGCCAAGGUAAACAAAGUGCAGCGCUCCACCAGCUUUGGUGUUCCCAACGCUAACUCCAUCAAGCAGAUGCUUCUCGACUGGUGCCGCGCCAAGACUCGCUCAUAUGAGGUGAGCAAAACCAGCCCGCUGUGGACCGAGCGCUUAUCUCUUGAUUCAGAUGAUUAGAGCGAGAAAAGCUGAGACAUUAAUAUUCGACCUCAGGAAAGUUUCCAUCACGUCCCUCUCAACGACAGCCUCAUUUAUUCACUUUAUCUCCUCCUCAGCAUGUGGACAUCCAGAACUUUUCCUCCAGCUGGAGCAACGGCAUGGCUUUUUGUGCCCUGGUUCACAAUUUUUUCCCAGAAGCCUUUGACUACAGCAGCCUGAGCCCCAGCAACCGCAGGCAAAACUUUGAGGUGGCUUUCAGCACUGCCGAGUGAGUAAACAGAAAAGAAGCUGUCAUUUAACGUGGUAACGUGAGCACUAACGACAUUUAUUCCUUCAGUUUUCUGUUUGUUUGAAACUCGUGUGAAGUGAGAAUCUGUGAAACUCUGCAGUUAAACUGUGAAGAAAACCAGCAGGAGAAGAUUCAGCGGGUUUAACUUUCCUGUUCGGCUGAAGAUCGACAAUUUCUUCAACCUGAGGCGUUUGUGGAGUGAAAACACAAUGAAAGACAAACAAUCCAAGCCGCUCACAACUCAAAUCUACACUUCCUCUCUCUUUGCAUUUUACAGAUUUUUACACACUUCCUUCAUUCCUCUCCACUUCAAGCUUUAUUCCCCCACAUGAGUCUGAAACACAGAGACAAGCCAAAGCUCCUCAGCUGAUUCUCUGAGGGUUUACUAUUUCUGUUUUUCCCAGGUGUAUCGCGCCGACUCAAGGCUGAGCGAAGCCUUAUUACUGUUUCCACCUCUAAACCUCCACUCUCCGUCUGUUUCCUCCAUCAUGUGUAACUACUGUGACACCCUCCAUCCACUCUAAUCCAGAGAGCCAUGAGCAAACUGUCCCCAAACAGCCACCAGGUUAAAAAAAAAAACGAGAAUCCUUGGCUCCACCUCUCCUUUUUCUCUCUACUCUCUUUUUUUCUCGUCUGUUUCAUCUUUUUUCUCAUCACACACUUCACACUUUUUGAUGCUUCUCCACACCUUUCGUGUGUGCGUGUGUUCACAUACCCUCCAGUAGGAUGAUGUCUAUCGUACGGCACCAGACUGUCAUCGAACCACAGCCCCCGUCUUUCCACUUUUUGUGUUGCAUUUUCACUCACGCCCCCUCUUCAGUCACUCCCAGCGGUUUGUUAUCUGGAAUCCCCACACACACUCUCACACACACACACGUUACCCUGUGCACCGGUGUGUUAGUAGACUCACCAUAUGUAUGUAUCUUUAUUUAUUCUAGUCCUUGUUGUUUUUUUCACUGUGACUUGUUUUUCUGUCAGAACAAAGUAGCCGUGAGAUCGUCUUCAGUUUCUCUUAGUGCACCGAAAAAAACAACAACAAACAAAAAGGCUGAAUGAGCAUCAGCUGACGCUCAUUUGACGUUUUGUUUUGUUUAUGUAUUUGUGUGUCUGUCACAUGCUGAAUGUGUCGUGAUGUUCAUGAAGCAUGUCUACUCAUGGAUACAUUUGUCACCACAGAGAAUGUAAUGUUUUUGUUUCUCUUUAUGUCCUCUCUCUCUCUCUCUCUCUCUCUCUCUCUCUCUCUCUCUCUCUCUCUCGACCCUGAAUCUUUGACAUUUGGCUGCUCACGGCUUUAUCUGUUUUUUUGUCCCUCCUCCUUCCUCUCCUUCCACCUCUAUCUCUGUCCUCUCUUCAUUUCUCCCUGGUUUGUUCUGCUUUUCCUUCUUUCCUCUCUUCUUCCACAACCUCCCCCGCCUCCCUGCCGGGUGCGGGCGCACAGGAAAAUGGUGGACUGUCCUCAGUUGUUGGAUGUGGACGACAUGGUGAAGAUGCGCGAGCCGGAUUGGAAGUGUGUGUAUACGUACCUGCAGGAGUUCUACAGGGGUCUGGUGACCAAAGGCCUGGUUAAAACCAAAAACUCCUCCUAGAGUCCCCACCUUAUACUGAACCCAUGGUGAGAGGGGGGGCGCCAAAGAAGGAACGCCACAUUCUGGGGGGUGUAUAAGUGUGUGUAUCUACAGCUGAUUGAGUUAAUAUAUAAAAACAUAUAUUCAUGUUCAUCUGAAAUGACGAGGAUCCACAGAACCAAACAUGGUGUUUGUGUGUGUCCAUGUGUGUGUGUGUCCAUGUGUGUGUGUUUCGACAAAGCCAGAGUAUGGCUCAGGCAGAUAGCCAGGACCAUCCGCAGCAUAACGCUUUAAAAGGACCUGCUGCUCAGGGAUGUUUCAAACAGGAGAGCUGAGAAAGAAAACAGAGAGCAGAGCGGCGGUGUUGUCCAGCGACUUGAUCAAAUAGAAGUUUACAGGUGUUUAUACACUCGGUUUGAAAAGCUUUUUCAGAUACCCGAAUAGUUAAAUGCAGAGUGACUUGUGUCUGCAGUUCAUUAAAUUACACAACAGAUUAGAUGUAGUUUACAUUUGGGAUUAAACCUCACUCUGUUAAUGACGCUGUCUUUAAGAGUUUACUGUCUGUGCAGAUAAUGCCACCUUGUGGUUUAUUCUGAUUAUCAAACAUGAGAUUUUUAAACAGAUGGACUUCAUUUCAGUUAUUUAGAUCUCCGUUAGCUCUGGCUAAGGACAUUGCUAUUCUUCCUGGAGUCUACAUUUACAAUUAGCUCUUCAUCGCAGUGCAAAGACACAAAAAAAAAACCCAUCACGCCACAAACACAAAGACAACGUUGAUAACCACAACAACUCACAACAGCCUACAAGACAAAAGCAAAACAACAAAACUAGAAUAAUACAAACAACAUACACAUGUAACUGGACCUUAUUCAUUUAAAUAUUAACAUACAUUCGACAUAGUUGAAUUAAUUUACAGAAACAAUACCCAAUACUUAAGCAGACUUCAGAUAUUUCAGGUAAAUCAGACAAACACUGAUUGAUUCUACAAAGUAGCGUCAUCUAACUAAAGAGCUUUUUGACUAAUAAAUGUUCUUUUACUAGAUCUUUAAAUCUGUAUUUGUUGUGUUCUUGGAUAAUUUAAUAUCACCAUGGCCUUACACAGUACUGUACUUUCAUCUAGUUUGUUUUUACUUUGGGUAAGGUGACUUUAACCUCCGUAGCAUGUCUUAAAAGCUUAGUUUUUAAGUUUAUUCACAGAGAUCUUUAAAAGGUCUUUAAGUGGUUUAAGAAAGCUGGAGACAAAAAAGGGAUUAAGAAUAUAAAGGGAAAGUCGAGGUUUUCAGUGUGAAUGUGGGGCGGCAUUAGUGGUGAUUAUAGAUGAUUAAAUGUGAAACCAAAAAAAUAUCCUCCUCCUCCUCCUCUGUUUCUGUGGUUCUCUGGUCUUCUCCUCCCUCCCGUCUCUUCAUCCUCCUCUUCCUCACAAACUGUUUUCUCUCUUUUCCUCAGGACCUGUGUAAACUGCAUGCCUCUGCUGGAAGUGGAGGACAUGAUGAUCAUGGGAAACAAACCCGACUCCAAGUGUGUCUUCACCUACGUACAGUCUCUGGUUAAUCACCUGCGCAGAUACGAGAUGUCCAUGGGUCGGCCCUGUGACCUCUGACCUGUGAGCGUUUCACCUGUCCCCUCCAUCUCGCCAUCCUUACCUGAUGAUGCCCUGCUAAAGACAGGCUCUGUCACCGAGUCACACGUCUCUGACGGACCAUUCAAGACGAUGUUUGUGUGUGUUUGUGUGAGUUUGUUCAUUAUCUUUGUUGGCAGCGGUCGUGUGUAUUCAUUAUUUCAGUUCUUCACACAGGCAGUCCAGGGCGCCAAAGGUUUUUUUUAAAAGACAUCCCUCGAAGCUUUAAGAUUUUACUCUUUUUAUUGAAUUGUACUUAAACUCACUUUUAUAUCGGCUGAUAUUUAAAAUCCAGAGUCUGUGUCACAGCACUACUGUACAGAAAACACACCGAGAGAGGAAAGAGAAACUUUUUUGGUAUUACCCCCUUUAAGUUAUUUAAACUUUCACUUUUUCUCUGCUACUCUUUUUUAAUUAUUAUAAUUUUUCUAGUAUUACAGGCGGUAAAUGACCGAGAAAGAGCCUCACAACUCUGUGAUAGCAUCAUGUGGUUAUUCUGGUACUAUUUCUUUUUUUUACCAAACUUUAAGUAAGUUAUUAUUCUCAUGACGACGUUCUCUGUCAGAUUUUGAUAUUUAAUUCAUGAGCACAGGGAUGUUCUUUUCUUCACUCUUCAGAUGAAUGCAUUGUUGCAGUGAACUGCUGAGUUAUCUCACCUUGUUGAACCUUACAGUGCUACUGAGAACUUCUUUAAGAUUCUUUUAGACGCGCUUGCAGUCCAACAGACUCUUUUUUUCAGGUCAAAAGGUUAAACCAUAUGAGUGUUUACAUUCAGUCAGACAGCUGAUUGUAUCAUCACUCGGUGUUGGCUGCUGCUGAUCUGCCGUAAUUGUACAAACACGAAAACAGCCCAGCCCUGCCGAACACACUCACACAGCUCUGUUAGAGGGCCCCCCCGUUUAUGCUUCAGCUGAUUUUGUUUUUUAAAUAUAGAUAUCUGUCUGUUUUAGUGUUUAUUAUGCUUCUAAAAGUCCAGUUUAAAGUGAGUCAGGGAGCUAAAGCUACGACAGUGUUUUGUGAAACAAAUAGGGAUAAAUGUAAUGAGAAGUUUUAUAAGCCUGAUGAAAGCCAACUUCCUUUUGAGACGUGAGUAAUCAAGACUAAACAAAGCUAUUAAUUGUAAAUUUUAUGGUUUGAAGCAUAAAAAUUUUUAAAUGAAGAUUUUUAUUCUGCUUGUAAAAUUAAGAUUCUUUGGAAAGAUGUUUAAAGUCUGACUGUUUCAGAGUUAAGUUCGACUAAACUUAUUUCAUACGACUCUGUUUAAGCUGAAUUUGAGAAUUUAUUUGAGAAUUAUUCCACACUGCCGACUGAGAAAUGAUGUAUCUUCCAGGAAGCGGUGAGAGCUGUACAUAAGAGCUUAAACACAUUAUAACGAAAUGUUUCUGUGCACCACAGUUAAAUGUGAACAGACAUUAAAGCUGUUUGAGGAACGAA